CUCCAGAAACGCAGCCAUGAUGCGUGUGUCUUUAGGGACGAGUGACUCACUUAAAUUAUGUGCGAAGUUUACAGAUUCCUCUGCCUUAGUCAUGUCAGAAAAUUUGUACUUCUGUCUUUGGGAAAAAGAGCCUCAUCAGAAGAGUACAGUUCAGGGAGUAAUUCGGCGAUUUACACCCCUGCAUUGUUCGGCACGAAGUCCAAUUACCGGUGUCAAUAGCCAUGUGAGAAACUCAGGAAUGAAAAAUUUGAUGCAAGAGCACAUACCCUUUUGAGUGCUACGGAAUAACAGUUACUGGGCCAGUUUUUUCUUUCUGUGUUUGAUGUCAACCUGGACCUUACAAUCUGAAAAAAAGAGUUUUUGACAUAGACUAAUGUUGGUGGCAUGAAAGGUCUAGAACGGAAUAUGGCCACCAAAAAUCUUUUUCCAAGGACUAGAGAAAUUAGUUGAUACCUGAGUAGAACUGACCAAGUGAUGGUACUGCCGUUAAAUUAUUGGCCAAGGGUUGGCUAAUUGAUGUUAGGCAUUUGAAUGUUAUAGUGGUUGAACCACCUCAGUAAAAGUACAUCGGAGACCGUGGGUAAGGAGCUUCGCUAUCUGAGGACCAUCUUGGGGAGGUUGGAUUGUUCUUUUGCCAAGCAUGGGGUUAAGCUGGACAGGCCCCUCAGUAUUCAUUAUUAUGAGUGGGUUAAUACCACAGACACCAAAUUGAAAGUCUCAGAUGCCUCAUCUGUUUCACCCUACAUGAAUUCCACUACAUCCCUGGUAGAGCUUCUAUCACCCCCGGCUGUGUUAGGGCAGCAGGAGAUGCCAGUAGACCUGCACCAAUUUGUUGUACCAGCCCAAACCAGAGCUUUAGCAGAAUUAGCGGACAGCCCCAUGGAAAAAAAUAAACAAUCCUGAUACGUUUGAUAAAAUAAUCAGCAAAUAGUAAAGAACAAACACUUUUGAGUAUGCCUGAAUUUUAAGUUAUGAAAUGAUUCCCAACACAACAACUCACCUGUUUCUUUUUUUCUACUUUCUAAGGAAUCGAUACUGAUUCAGUUGCAAUUGAGGGCAACAUUAAUAUCCAGCUGUCCAGAAUGGAGUUCACUCAUGCAAAGGCUGCCCACAAGCCUACAGCCAUGGCACUUCACCUUGUGGACCAUCUUUUUAAAAGAGAUGUGUUGUUUAAAUCAACUGUCCAUGGCACAAAGGGGUAUGCUCCCCCAGACCAAGACAUACUUACUGCAAUUAGAGGUUAGUAAAGGGUUUGUAAACCAAUUAUAAAUAUUUUCACUGUUUGCUUGGAAAUGUGGCAUGUGACCUCCCAAUUGUUUAUUAUUACAAAAAAGUCAGACAACAGAUGUAGAAACAAUUUUUUAAGUAAGCGGUUUGUAAUAUGCAUGCAAGUCAUUAGACACAAUUUGGUGUCAACGAUUUAAAAACAUUUUUAACAUAUGCCUGAAAACUUUGCUGGUAUAUUUAUAAACAUGAAGCAACAUGUGUUUUCUUUAUUAUUUUCCGCUGAAUUAUGAACAGCAUUUGCAUAUCAGAGCCACAGUGCUAAUGCCCACCUUCGCAUGUGGGACCAGUGUAAGACAACCAUUAUUAAUAAAAGAAAAUUAAAAGCUUAAAAAGGACUAUAUUUUUUGCAUUGAGAAUAUUAAUUAAUUAAAUUAGCAUAUAAUCAUCAAUCAGUUGAAACAAGCAAAACUUCAACUUAGGCAUUGCUAUAAAUAGCUGAAAUUGUGAAUUGAAAUGGACCCCAGAACUCAUGUGGGCCAGUCAAUAGGUCUAAAUUUACUAGUUGAAUUUAGUUGAAGUGGAAGUCUCAACUGUGAUUAUUCCUGAGUGGAAUGGUCUAAGAAAACCAUACAUUGAGGCAGUCUGUAAAAGUAAUUUGCAUUGUUUUUAAGUAUUAUCAGGGCAAGCAACAGAUGCUCUAAAUGAUAGUUGUAAGGACAAGCUUAUAGAUGGUAAUAAAGACCUGAUGCAGUUCUUUGAAGAAAUAAUCAAAUGGUAAAUGCUUCAGCCAUCCAUGUUUUGACUUGUAAUAAAUGUUGCCUUGAUAGAUUCUUGCUGAUAAUGAUUACUCCAUACAACCAUUGGUAAAUGAAUCACACCACAAUGUUGUCUGGAUCUUAAAUAAAAAAUUAGUGAAAGUAGUAGUCAGGUAUUUACAUCCAUUAUAUGCUUCUUCUAAAGGAGACACACCAGCAGAAUUUAAACUAAUUAGGUUGGCAGCCACCCAAGAUGGGGAGAUUAGGAGAUUAACUGCUGGCAGUGGAUUAAGACAAACACAAAUAAGCUGGAAUGAUUUUGAUUGAAUGUUUCCUUAUAUUUGGGUUGUUUUUCAGUUUGUCAGAAGAAAACUAUGGCCAAUGUUCUACCAAUACAGACAAGUGGAUACAACUUUCAAGAGUUGUUUGUGAGAUAUGUGGACAAUUGGGUAAGUUGAUCUGGUGCUUCAUUAGCAAACUAAAUCUUUUUUUUUUUCACAAGAACCUUACUUCAUUGUAUUCUUUAAGUUACACCCCAUUCAUGGUUCCUCAACAUAUGAAAUAAUAUUGAUUCUUUUUUGAGGAAAUCAAGACAUACUGUAUGCAUGUGCAUAGGUUUCUUACUUGAAUAUAGUAGUUAACCUCUCAAAUAUAUAGAUAUAAUGAUACAACUGAUUUUUUUCAGGUAAUUCACAUUGUGGUUAAAUAGCUCAAGUGUUUAUUUUAUAAUUCAAUGUCAUAUAAGUUGGUUUGUCUGUGGAAAACAUAGUAACAAAAAUACCUUGAAUUUCCUUUCUUUCAUGAAAAAUGAUUAAAUUGCUACCACUUGGAAUUGCAUGUUUGGCUCAAAAAAGUUUGGCUUGUUUCUAUGUUUUUGGAACAUUAACAGUACAUUUAAAUUAUAAAAUACAUUAUAUAGCAAUUGAUAAAUUGAAAAUGUGUAACCUAUGUUAUGUAUAGCAGUGUGUGAUCUAUGAAUAGAAAAAUGUCAUUUAGUUUGGGGGCUAAGUCUUUUUCCAUCAUUUGCAGUUUUUAAAUUGCAUGGUUGUAAUUUAGAUGCUCAACAUUUGCAAUUAAAAAAUCAUUUUUCUAAUUAAGGUAUAACCAUUUGCAAUUUAUGAGUAGUGUACGUGCAAUUGCUAGGUCACAAAUUGCUUAGUAGCUUUUUUAAACUCUAAAUCAACUGUAGAAGAUAUGGAUAAGUAAAUGUACUCCUAUCUCUUUUAUAAAAUAAUAAUUGAAUAAUUGUGGAUUGAGUUUCCUUUGACACUUGCAUUUUGAUGUGACGUGUUUCUUGUCACAACUUGUACAGGUGAUGAACAGAAUAUUCAAAGGGAUCAUUUGGUGCACUGUAGAGAAGGUGAAGAAAACUACUUUGCUGAUGGUGAGAAUUCUUCAUGUGUGUCAUAUGAGGUUGAUAGUGACUCGCUGUCCAAUUCAGAAAACUGUGGUGGAUCUAUCAAUAGUGAGUGAUUUCUACCAAACACAAUCAUUACUGUUAAUUGUGAAAGACUUUGCAGAGAUUAUGAUGAAAGCGUGGCAUGAAAAAGGUAUAGUGUGUGUGUAUAUACAUAUAAAUAGAUAUAUACACAUUCUACAGAUUUUUCCACUACUCAUUUUUUAACAUGUUCGCACAGUGGUCAACUGUUUGAAUUCUUUUUUGUAAAGUUCUUUUUUAUUUAUUCAGCUUUAGUGGAAUAGGCUUGACCAGGUUUUUACCACUACCAUUGCAGUGUACUAGGGUCUAGAACUCCCCAUUUAUACAUGUUUUUCUCACCAUGUAGGUGGCAUUUCAUGUUUAUUUUUAUUUGCCAAUAAGGCCUCUUCUGCAUCAUCUGUGGUCCCCCAAGUGGUAUUAGGAAUAUCCCUUGUCCAGAUUUAGUUUCCUGAGGCCAAAAAUAAUUCAAUUAUUGAUAUUAUGUUGUAGGCAAAUUGAUAAGAACAAGUUAUUGUGAGUUAUUGCCUUUGCCAUCAGUGUGCUGAGUUAAGGAUUUAGAAUUUUAGUCUUACCAUAAAUUCACCAAGUUUCUAUACAGCAUUUUCACGAUCUUUAAUGAAAUUCUCUGAUACCCCAAAAAUUCCAGGGGCAGCACCAGUAUCACUUUUGGUAAACAAUAUUCUCUUUUUGCAGAGGAAAAUAAAAUGGUCUCAAAAUAUUUAUUCUUUUUCCAUGUCAUGAUUUUUGCACUAUCAUAAUUUACAAAAUAUCUAGAAAGUGAUAUGAUUUGUCCUUUUUUUUAAUUCUUUUCAAGGGAACAUGCAGGGCAAUGGUGGUAUACAUAGUGAUGAGCCUGAGUUGUAUUCUGGCUCAAGAUGCAAUACCAUUUAUGUGGAUUCCACUGCAAGCUCUCAGCUUGGAGCCACAGGGCAUGGUUCUGAAUGUGAAAGCCUCCUUCUUGUUGAGAAAGUAGAGAAAAAAGAAAGAGAUCAGGACCCUCGACCAACUGACACCUUGUCUUAUGACAAAGUAGAGAAUUGGCUACAGUUCACCUGCUCUGCCAAUGGCUUGCCAUCUCUGUCUCCUUAUAUUCUAGAAUCAUCAGACUCAGAUCACAAUGAUACUCUUACAUUGCUUAAUUGUGUGGAGUCUGCAAGAGCCAUUAUGGAAGGAAGAAAGAAAAGAAGAAGAGCAACAAAUUGGUGGAGUAGGGGAGGAAAAGUGAGUAAUCCUCUCUUUCAUUCCAUAUUGUUGGAACCUCCGGAAAUUUUACCAGGUUCAUUGAUGUACAUGAUGGUCUAAAAUUGAAAUUUCUGGCUGCUUCUCUUGAAACUUGAGGCAGAAAUAUGCAAAGAUCAUAUCUUUUUUACAGUAUAAUCGUCUAUAGUUUGUCAGCAUAUGUAUUUUACUAUUCGGUAUUUUUAAAAUGAAUUUCAGGGUGGGUUUUGCCGGAAGGACUUUUUUUAUGAAUAUUUUAAACUUCACAGAAAAGAACUGACACAUUAAUUUGAUUCUGAAAAGUCAAUUGUACACUGAUCAACUGUGGUGAAGUAACAAUCUUGCGAUUUAGCUUUCAAACCCCUGAUUGGCUUUUUCCUUGAGAGAUAGCUACAUUUUUCAGAUGUUUGUGGUGUUCUCAGGUUUAGAUAUAAGUUUCACAGUAAGUGUAAUUUUGAUUUCUAUGAUUAUUGUGGCGUACAUAUUUAGCAUGAAGAGGAAGAAGGAGAGAAGCAGAUCUCAAGACGAGAUGGGGCAAAGAAAGACUACAAAGUUGAGAAAUGGCUGAAGGUUGUGUGCGCUGCUAAGGGCUUGUCUGCUGGUGAAUUGACGUCACUUCUGUCUUGUAAUGUUCCCUCAAGUUUAGAUGCAGCUCACAACGAUGAGCUUUCGUUGCUAAAGGGUGUAGAGACUGUAAGAGUUAGAUUACUAGGAAGAGGAGAAAGAGAGAGAGAUGCAAAAUCUUCUUACAGUGGAGAGGUGAGGAACUCUUGUUUUUGUUUCUUUUGAAUUGUGCGUCCAGCAUUAUCUGUCAUUUUGCAGUGCUCAAGGCAGGUUUGUUAAUACCCAUUAUAAAUAAAUAUGAGGGCAGAUAUCUUAUAUUAUGCUAAUUUACUAUUCGUUUUUGCUUUCGGUAGACAUGGGCAGUGUAGUCAUUUCCAUUUUUAAUGGCUUUUCAUUUGCGGUGUAACUGUUUGAGAUGUUGGGGGGGGGGGGAGGGGGGAGGGGGGAGACACAGGUAAGGGAUCUGCACCUAGAUAUUACAUCCCAUGUAAAGUUUUGCAUAGGGUGCAUCAACGGUUCCUUUGAUGUGUUGUAAUUACAAACCUAAUGAAGAUUUUAUGGAACAUUCGGACAUUCAGAUUCAGAAGUCUCUGGUUUGACUCAAUCUCUUAAAUGCGUUUAGUUAGUUUGUUGUGCUUCAAUAAUUAUAGUCAUCCACAACAGUUCUUUAUACCAAUGGACUCCGACCCUGUAGACGUGGGUCACCUUAACUUAAUAACUUUUAUAAUUCAUCCUGGUUUCUAAUCAUAGAUAACAGGAAAGCAGUCGUACAUUGUCAACUGCACUACUUCCCCUAAGAUUAGGCCAAUUAUUUCUGUAUCACUGACUUUUCCAGCCUUACCAACAUUUCUUGAUAUUUGCGGUUGGUCCAACAUCGAAACGCUGAGUUGUUCUAAUUUUUUUGAAAUGUUUUUCAAAAUCCACAGAAAAAUGAUGUCCAACUUUUCAAAGGCAACCACCAAGACGUGGCAAAGCAGGCAGAGGCUUGAGCAGCCAUAAGCAAUCAUGAAAAAAAAAAACUCAUCACGAUGAAAACUUAGUUUGUGUUAUUUUAUGUGUAAACACCUCGAGCAUCUCUUACGCUUCCUUCGUGCUCCCCAACUAUCUGCGUGUAUCCUGAAUUGGAUUGAAGCUCGCUAGACAUUGUCCAUUCCUUAACUUUUCCAUAAUAUUUUAGCCAAUCAGAGCGCGCGUUAGAAUGUAGCUAUGUUAUAAUAUAGGAUGCAACAGACAAUUUUGAAAACAUGUACUUUCGUUACCGAUUGUCAUUAUAGUUAAAAUUAAUUAAAGACGUUGUUAAUUUAAGUCGGUAAGUUGGAGAGUUAGAGUUUGAAAGGGCAAAAUAUCUUCAACUGCAAAGGGAGAAUUGCAAAGGAUAUCACGAGAGCUAUACAGCCUUUUAGCUUUUUCCUCCUCUUCCUUCGCAAACGAAGCUACCAAACGUGAAGUUUGAAAACUUUUGUAAUGUUAUCAAGUUCUGGGAUAUAAAGACAAACAUACUGGGUUCCAAGGAAUAGAGAUGAGAGCGGAUCAAUUUUUUUCCUGGUAGGCUUUAAAGACAUAUAUAAAUGUAGGUUUACAUAUUUCUGCUGAUCAAGUGAAAAAAAAAGAAAAGACAUUCCAAAGGUUACGUCCGGAUUUAUCCCAACCUGAAGGCCACGCGCCAUCCUCCAUUUUGCAUUUUACUUUACGGUGAUCUUUUCCUUUUGAUAUAAUAAAGCCACGACAAGUAAACCUCGAACGCCAUGUCAAUUGCCAUAGUCCGCUGUUCAGCUCACGUCUUUUUGUUUUGGGUAUCCGUAAUCCAAGGGGGAAUACCCUAAACAAUAGUGAUUUGGGUACGGGGGUACCAAAAACACAGGGAUAGCAAAACCACGGGAAAACCAAAAACAUGGAGAUACUCAAAAUACGUGGAUACCCAAAACACGGAAAUACUCAAAACAUGGGGGAUACCCAAAACACAGGGAUACCAACAUCACCGCUGUGACUGUGACGGCGGGAAAACAUUAGAGGUGAUCAAUCAGAGGACUGGUGAUUAGGUACUCAGUACUUUGAUUUCACGCAAAGAAGAAGAGGAUUGAUUUAUACUGAGGAGGCUCGUAUGUACAGAGGGGGCGGAUUCGUUUUAUAAUGUGUGGCUGUGGCACUAGUGGGCCACCGUCCUAAACGUUUUCCCUUGCACCUGGUCGGUAUUAAAACGAUCUAUUUGUAAUAUGAUUGGUACCGCUAUUUAGAUUGGUUCUCAAUAUUCUUAUUCUUAAAUACAUGGAUUGUUCUCGUCCGUUUCUUAGUCAUCAGUGUUUUUAAGGGCUAUAGUGACCUUGAAUAAGAUGCAGUUCAUAUUACCUAUCUGGAGUGGUUCUCAGACAUAAUUAUUCUUAUUGUACGGUUACAUUAUAAUCAUGAAUUUAUUUACGAUUUGCUAAACCCAAUGCAGUUGUAAUAAACUCUUGCAUGGCAGUGCGUAUAUCGAGCUAUGUAUGCACUUUGGAAGUUUGGAGAGCACCUAGGAAGCUAGAGUUGCUCUUAGCUGCGCCUUGCGCAACUCUUUCCUUUCUCUCGUGCUCUCCAAAUAUCCUGCGUGCAUACAUCACUCCGGAUAUAAACACGCCAAGCAUAAACCGAUCCUUUAGUGUCGCACAACGCGUAAUACAACGUUUUCCCGUGAUACUAUUGAAGCCGGGAUUCUUUAAAGUCUCUGAAGCUGGCGUAGAUUUUUCUGUUCCAUUUCCACGCCUUCUCAAAGAUUUGCCAGAGAAUAAAGUUUUAGUCACUGUCCGACCGCAGAACCCUGCGUGCUAUUUACAAAUGUCUUUCUCCAGGAGGGUCGUCGUGCAUCCUUGUAUGACCUUUCCGAACACUUAUCCUGUGAGGUACGGGAAUGUUAUGUUGGCUCUUCAUACUUCAGUGGACUAAGUACUUCAGUGCGGAAAAUUACGUUUUUGUAAAUGACUAAUUGUAUGUCACUUAAUCACUUGGCCGAUGAGCUCGCUAAGUCGAAUAAUUCUGAUCAAUUCCAAGCUGUUGAAAGUCAUCCGCAGUGGUCCUAGGUUAGUAAUGUUGUCAUUCUUAGUAGGCUUGGUGAAUCUGUUAAAAUACCAGCCGCCUGUCGCGCCAAUAGCAAUAGUCACUCAAAUGUUAUAUCUGUUCAAAUUGGACUGACCACGUGAGCGAUUUUAGACAAAACCCCCCAGGGGCCUUUUUCAAGGGUGAAUGUAUUCUUCACCCCUGUGUUUGGAUUGAAUUCCACCAGAGGCUGUAGAGUUUUAGCUCAGCUUUUAAAAGGUGAGGAACAGGAAGCUUUUUUGUUCUUACAUCAAGCAAGUAUGAAAUAGCGUACUAAGUGACAGAUUUACUUGCAUGGUUUGUGCGCAAACAGGAAGAGCUUUAGGACGGAAGUAUUAAUAAAUUUUCCUCUCAGACAUGUAUAGAAAUUUCGUUCAUUAAACAAAGAGUAUGUUCUAUACCAAACUAGGCUCUUGUAUUUUAAAGUUAAGCACGUCGAUUUAGCCAGAUCAUUUUGCUCAGUUUCAAACACAAAAUUUGCGAGGUUUUACAGCUGCAAUUUCCAAUGAGAACCGUAAAAUUAAGCCAGAUAUCAACUCUAUGCUAGAGGGUUUAUAACUCUUUUGCGGGCUUGUUCUAGAUGAAAGAUUGUAAUAGACGCGGAAAAUUAGGCGAUGGUUUGUCCACUCCUGACUUUCUUUUCUUCGUUGAUCAAAGCUUUGAAUAAAAGUUUGGUAAAUUAUUGAAUAUUCCUUUUAUCAGUAUCGUGAUCAAUUUUGUUCAUGGAAGAAUGACUAGUAAGGCAAAAUAUUACUAUGUUAUCGUACGCUUGGAGUCGUGUAUCGAGAGAAAUGGCAGAAAAAAAUGUCAUCCGAACACGCAGAGACGACUUAAGCAUGGAAAGGAUGUUAAAAUCAGCAACUUAUUCGUGUGCACUGCAUCUUAUAAAACGAUUGGACCAACUGCUACUUUCAUUUAAACGAAUAUUGUCUGUGUAAGUGCUGGAUAAGAUAUCCUAUUCUUUGCCUAUGGCUAAUCGCCUGGCUAAUAAUUUUGCUAGAUGCAAGUUAUUGUGACGAAAUCCUUGUUGCGAAAACUCGUGCGGCGUAGGUCAGAUAAUAGGUCAUAGUGAUUCCAUCAUGCAAUUAUGUACACACAUCAGCGAGUCACGUCAAUAAUAACGUCACGCUUAGUUAUCGACCUCGUGAGCGAUUUUAAACCAAACGCUCUUUUGUGCAUGUAUUCAUUCGUGUGUUGGGGCUGAAUUCGACCAGAAGUCACGCAGUUUGAGCUCAGCUUCCAUAGGUGAGAUACAGGAAGGGUUUUUAACACUUAUAAUUCAUAAGUAUGAAAUGAUUUAUUGAUAGAUUUACUUGCAUGGGUUGUGCACAAACAGGAAUGGUUUCUGAAACCUUCUCAAAGGUUUUGACGGAAAUAGUUACCGAUUUUCCUCGCAAACAUAUGUAGCAAUUUCUUUCUUCAGACAAAGAGUAUGUUUUAUGCGGGACUUGACUCUCGUAUUUGUAAGCUGAGCAGUUCGGUGAUUUAGCCAAAUCAUUUUGAUGAGUUUCAAACACAAAAUCUGCGAAUUGAGGUCCUUAAUUUCAGAGAUAAGCGCCGUGAAAUCAAGUAUCUAUUAGGCGGCUGGGGUUUAAGGGCUUGUUCUGGAUGUAGGACUGAACUAGGUGCGGAAAAUUAGACAGUGUUUCGUCAGUUCCUUACUUUCCUUGCACUUCCGUGCAAUCAUGCGCUUCCAGUCUUAUCGUAGGAGAAAUUGCGAAUAGAAAUAUUUCGCUUGAAUGCAGAGACGAUUGUGGUUCGUGAACAAUUUUCUUAACUGACCGUUGAUUUGUAUUCGCUGCAUGGUCGAGACUACGUUUCAGUAAAGCAUGACAAUAUCAAGUCAAUUUUUAUUCAAAUGUACCCGUGUUUAAUUAAUCCAACAAUAUCUGCGUUAGGGUCAGUUAAAAUAAAAUAAACUAAAAUUGCUCUGUUUGUUACUUUUUCGGAUCAAGAGAAUGGCUAAUCACUUGGCCAAAAGUCUUGUGAACUUGUAAUAACUUUGAUCAAAUCCUUGCUGCAAAGAAAAACCAUCCACUUAAAGUUAGAGAUCGUCAUGUGAUAAUUAGCGAAUCUGUUACGUUGUCCGAAUCUUGUCGGCCGCCUGUCACCUCAAUAACAAAAGUCACGCAAAUGUUUAAAUCAGCUAAGACCGACCACGUGAGCGAUUAAAGGAGGCUUCUCACUAAUGCAUCAAAGUCGAGUUCGACCAGAGGCUGUCGAGCUGAAACUCAGCUUUAAAAGGUGAGAGAUAAAUGUUUAUACAUAUUUCAAGCAGCUUUGAAAUUUUUUAGUUCUCCAUUUCCAUGCAUAAAAUUUCCACUUUCAAGAAUUUCGUUUUAAGAAACCCAUAAGACGAAUAUUUUAGACGGAGGCAUUUUCGAUCUUCCUUGUAAACAUUUCGAAAAAAUCGUGCAGAAGAUCAUUGAAAAAGGUCAUAUUUUAGACGCAAGUCAUGUGUUUGUGGCUUAAAACGUCGUUUACCCAGAUUAGUGUGUGCGUACUGCCGAAAUCUAGCGACGCUUUUAACGAUAAUCGUGGUGAAAACUUUCGAACCAAAGACUUCAAAAUUGUUUAUGGAAGAAAUGGCCACGGUUAAUUUUGUCCGUAAUGUGACUCGAAUACUUAAUUUACACGUAUUUUUUUGAGAGGUAGCUACCACAGUCUUCUGAAUAUUGUAAGUUACGUCUGCGUAAAGAGUUGUUACAAAUUUAUGAUUAUGUUUGCCUAUAUGAGCGAAUGCAACCAUUUAAUUUAAUUGGUACCGUGAAAUUCAACCAAAUAUCAACUCUGCGGCAGAGGGUUUACAACUAUUUUGAGGGCUUGUUCUGGAUGAACGAUUGUAAUAGACGCGGAUAAUUAGACAAUGAUUUGUCCUUUUCUUCUUUGAUCGAAGCUCUGACUGAGAGUUUGGUAAGUUCUUGAAUAUUCCUUUUGUUAGUACCGUGAUCCAUUUUUUCUUGGUUGAAUGACUAGUUAGGCAAAAUACUACUAUGUCAUCGUACGCUUAGAGUUGUGUUUCGAGAGAAAGGGAAGAAAAAUAUAUCGUCCGAAAACGCGGAGACGACUUAAGCACGGAAAGGAUGUUAAAAUGAGCAACUUAUUCGUGUGCACUGCAUCAUAUAAAAUUAUGUCUGCGUCAGUGCAAGAUAAUUUGCGCUAUUCGUUGCCUUUUCGGGUUGUGAAAAUGGCUUAUUGCCUGGCCUAUAAUCUUGCUAGAUGCAAAUUAUUGUGAUGAAAUCCUUGUUGCGAAAACUCAUGCGUGUAUGGGUCAGAUAAUAAGUCAUAGCGAUUUCAUCAUGCUAUUAAAUACGCGUCAGUCAAGAGUAACGUCCACAGUAAAAGUCACGCUAAUGUUGUCGACCACGUGAGCGAUUUUAAACCGAACACUCUUUUAUGGGGCUUUUGAGGUGCAUGUAUUCAUUCGUGUGUUGGGGCUGAAUUCGACCAGAAGUCACAGAGUUUGAGCUCAGCUUCCAUAGGUGAGAUACAGGAAGGGUUUUUAAUACUUACAUCAAACAAGUAUGAAAUGAUUUAGUGAUAGAGUUACUUGCACGGGUUGUAGACAAACAGGAAUGAUUUCUGAAACCUUCUCAAAAGUUUUGACGGAAGUAGUUAUCGGUUUUUCUCGCAAAUUUAUCUAGAAUUUUCUUCCUUAAGACAUAGAGUAUUUUUUAUGCCAUACUCGACUCUUGUAUUUGUAAGCUGAGCAGUUUGGUGAUUUAGCCAAUUCAUUUUGGUGAGUUUUAAACACAAAAUCUGCGAAUUGUACGUCCUUAAUUUAGAGAUGAGUGCCGUGAAGUCAAGUAUCUACCAGGCAGCUGGGUGUUUAAGUUUACCUUUUUGAGGGCUUGUUCUGGAUGUUCGACUGUACUAGAUGUAGAAAAUUAGAAAGUAUUUCGUGAGUUCUUGACUUUCUUUAUAUUUCCGUGUAAUCAUGCGCUUCCAGUCUUAUCUCAAAAGAAUUUGCCAAAAGAAAGAUGUCGCUUGGAUGCAGAUCGAAGUUCGUCAACAGUUUUUUUAAAUGACUGUUGAUUUGUAUUCGCUGCAUGGUCGAGACCAUAUUUCAGCAAAGCAUGACUUUAUUAGGACACUUCCUAUUUAAAGAUACUCGUGUUUAAUUAAUCCAACAAUUUCUGCGUUAGUCUCAGUUAAAUUAAAAUUAAAUUAAGUUGCUCAAGUUGUUGCUUUUUUCGGAAUGCGAGAAUGGUUAAUCACUUGGCCAAAAGUCUUGUUAACUUGUAAUAACUUCCAUCAGAUCCUUGCUGCAAAAAAAACAAAACAAAAACAAAAAAAACUAUCCGCUUCGAGUUAGAGCUUGUAAUGUGAUCAUUAGCGAAUUUGUCACGUUGUCCGAUGUUAUCGGCCGCCUGUCACCUCAAUAGCAAAAGUGACGCAAAUAGUUAUAUCUGCUGAGACCGACCACGUGAGCGAUUUUAAGGAAGCUUCUCGCUUAUGCGUCAAAGUCGAGUUCGACUAGGGGCUCUCGAGCAGAAACUCAUUUUUAAAAGGUGAGAGAUGAGUGUUUAUACAUAUUUCAAGCUGGUUUGAAAUUUUAAGUUCACCAUUCCAUGCAUAAACCUUCUACUUUCAAGAAUUUCGUUUUAAGAAACCCAUGAGACGAAUGUUUCAGACAGAAGUAUUUUCGAUCUUCCUCAUAAACAUUUCGAAAAAUUCGUGCAGGAGAUCAUUGAAGUAUGUCAUAUUUUAGACACAACUCGUAUCUUUGUAGCUAAAAGCGUCUUUUACCUAGAUUAAUGAGUGCGGUUUGCCGAAAUCUUGCGACGCUUUUAAUGAUAAUCAUGGUGAAAACCUUUCGAACCAAAGACUUCAAAAUUGUUUAUGGAAGAAAUGGCCACGGUUGAUUUGUCCGUAGUUUGACUUGAGUACUAAAUUUACCCGCAUUUUUUUGAGAGGUAGCUACCAUAGUCUUCUAAGAGUUUUCAGGAAUUUAUAUUUAUGUUUUGUUUUGCCUAUAUGAAAUGAACGAAUGUAACGAUGAAAUGUAAAAGGUACAUUGAAAUUGAACCAAAUAUCAACUCUGCGGCAGAGGAUUUAUAACUCUUUUGAGGACUUGUUUUGGAUGGACGAUUGUAAUAGUCGCGGAAAAUUAGGCAAUGUUUUGUCCACUCCUGACUUUCUUUUCUUCUUUGAUCGAAGCUUUGACCGAGAGUUUGGUAAGUUUUUGAAUAUUCCUUUUACCAGUACCGCGAUCAACUUUGUUUAUGGUGGAAUGACUAGUAAGGCAAAAUACUACUAUGUCAUCGUACGCUUGGAGUCGUGUAUCAAGAGGAAGGGAAGAAAAAUAUAUCGUCUUAAAACGUAGAGACGACUUAAGCAUGGAAAGGAUGUUAAAAUCAGCAACUUAUUCGUGCGCACUGCAUAAUGCAAAUGUUAUCGACCACGUGAUCGAUUUUAGAGCGGACGCUCUUUUACGGAGCUGUUGAGGUGCAUGUAUUCAUUAGUGUGUUGGGGCUGAAUUCGAUCAGGAGUUACGUAGUUUGAGCUCAGCUUCAAUAGGUGAGAUAUAGACAGGGUUUACUUAUACUUAUAUCAAACAAGUGUGAAAUCACUUAGUGAUAGAUUUACUUGCAUGGACUGUGAAGAAACAAGAACAUCUUUCUACAAAAUUAUUUCAAAAUUCAAUGGCGGAAAUAUUUAUUGAUUUCCUCGCGGAUCGGACAUGUUGCGAAAUUUCCUUCAUUAAACACAAGUAUGUGUUCUUUGCCAGAUUCGACUCUUAAAUUUGUAAGCUCAGCACGUUGAUUCAGCGAAAUUAUUUUUUGUGAUUUUACAUUCAAAAUCUUCGAAGUUUGACUGCUGUAAUUUCAGAGAUGAGCAUCAUAAAUUGAAUUCUCACAUACGAGUUAGUGCAGCAGAGUAACUCGGUUGAGGCUUCUUCAGGUAGUACGGACCUGAACGACGCGGAAAUCUAGUCAAAGAUUCGUUGAUUCUUGAUUUUCCGGUCUUUCAAGAUCACCAUUGAAUGAGAACAUGUGAAAGUUUAAAUAUUCUUUGAAUUUGUAUCGCAAACUAUUUGGUACAAAAAUCGCACCUCGGCUGGGCUGGCAAAACACUUCCGUGUUAUCUCACGCUUCUCGGACGGCUGUGAGUUUACCAGUCGAUUUGCUUUCGCUGCAUAUAGCUUAUGCUUAUAGCCACUGAGUUUCAGAAAAAUGUGACUUUAUUUUGCCAAUUGCUACAUAUUAACUUGCUCAAUAGGGUAACGUCUGUGUUAGCGUCAGUUAAAUUUCCUUCUGUUGUUUCUCUUUACGGAUCGAGCGAAUGGUCCAAUCACUGGGCCAAUAAUCGUGCUAACUUGUAAUCAUUGCAAUCAAAUCGUGGCUGCAAAAAAACCAUCCGUGUGGAUUUCGAACUUGUCGAUCACAUGUGAUCAUCAAAGAAUCUGUCUUUGGUUCGCCACCUGUCACGUCAAUAACAAAACUUAUGUGAUCACGUGAGCGAUCUCACUAUAAAUUUGGUUUUCGACAUAACUAUUCCCGCUUUUUCGACGUUUAUACGGCAAGAUUGAGGUAAAUCAGAGGCUGUUGAGCUGAAGCUCAGCUUUAUAAGGUAAGAAGUAAGUAUUUUAAGCAAGUAUGAAAUGAUUUAGUUCUACAUUUCCAUGCAUAAACCUUCAACUUGCAAGAAUUUCGUUUUUAAGAAACCCUUUCAAACGAAUGUUUCAAACGGAAACAUUUUCGAUUUUCCUUGGAAACAUUUCAAAAAAAAUUGAGCAGCAGAUCACAUAGACGCAACUCGUAUAUUUGUAGCUAAGUAUGUCUUUUGGGCUCCAUCACUGCGUGUGCUUUGCCGAAAACAAGGGACGUUUUCAAUGAUAAGCAUUGUGAAAUGAAUUCAAAUGUCUUGAACGAAAACUUCCGAACCAAAGACUUAAAAAAUAUUCAUCAAGGAAACGGCUACGGUUAAUUUGUCUGUCGUUUGACAUUUAUACUAAAUUUACCCGCAUUUUAUUGAGAGGCAGCUGCCACAGUCUUCCUGAAAAUUGUAAGUUACGUCUGCGUUAUUGAGCGAAUGUGACUGUCAGGCUAAAACAAUCUUUCUGUUGUGGUUAAUGUCUCAUCAUUUAACAAUUGGUUUCAUCAAAGACUGACUUUUAACAGCUCAUUUUCAUUUCACAAUUGAUUCCUCGCCAACUAUUGUAUUUGCUCGAGGGUCACCACGAUCGGUGGCGACGGUCACAUGACUAAAAGCACGCGCACACACACAGUGGCUUUGGUGGGCUAGUCAUCGUGGGACAACUUUCGUUGUGAAAAAGGCAUCUUCCUCCAUUUGUUGUAGUUUUUAAAAGCCUACCAGCACCUAAUACCUGGGAAAUUUUAAAAUACAAAUUAAAAACAAAGUCUGUUGGUAAAAAGAUACAUUUCGGGUCAAAAUCUUUUUGUUUUGGUGCAAGGCAAACAUCACACAAUCAUCUUUCAAAGCAAUUAUAUAGGUACUAAAAAUCUUAAAUAUUGGACCAGAACAAUAGCUGGGGACAGUAGAAGAUUAGUACAAUUAAAACACUUCUCUACUGUCAAUAUGAGAAGUGGGGAAUUUUGCAAGGUACCGAUUCCAAUGCUGUUUCCUACUGGACUUAGUUGCGUACGUACAAUCUUAGCUGAAAUAUAUUCUGCAAGUUUUUACAUUAUAUUUCGUUCAUGUUGUAAGAUUAUUGUGAAAUACAUUAUUUGAAAUGCUUUAAAGACUUAAGCAAAAUUGAUAUAUUUCCUGCAGCCCUGUACUACCCUAAACAAGGCCAUUGUGUCAAAGGUUAUCUAUCGUUUUCCUCAUUGUUUUAAUUUUUGUUAACAAAGAACUUUAUGAACAAUGAAGUAUAGAGGUAUACAGAAAUCUCGCUUAAUUUCCACAUAGCAAUGGCUUAUAUUCUAUAUAGAUUCUGUGUGACAGCAUUAGAAAGUAAAAGUACAAAGUUAUGGCUAAAAGGACCUGGUGGGCUAGUUUCAAUGGAACCCUCAAUAGUGUGUGAUUCCUAGGGCUGCUACAUAGUAGACAUUUUCUGUCUGCCUCUUGUUCACUGUAAGAUAUGACACAAUUGUUCUCUUGUCAACAACACAUACUCAGUCUAGUCUGUGCAGUGGGUGCACUGGACUGAAUUAGUUGUCAAUGACAUUUGCUGUCAAUAUGAAGUAGUUUUUGAAAACUUAAUGUCUUAUUGAAAGAGGCCAUGUAGUAUCUCUUUAGGAUAGUCUUAGAGUAUUUAAACUGAGGGAUUCAAGAUGAAAGUGGGUGAAAACAUGCAUAUACAACAAAAUGUUUAAAAUUGACAUAGUUAUACAACAAAUCACCCUUAUUAUUGUUAUUAUUAUUUUUUUUAUCCUCUUUAUUACAUAAUUAAUAAUGUUUUGGUUGUCUUUUGAGGGAAAGAAAAAAAUUAUUAUUUAGUUCAAAUGCACUUGUUGAGAAGAAGCAGCUGAGUAAGUUUAGUAAAAAGCAACAAAUGUUUCCUUAUCAAAAUAGAAUACCUAGUCACAUACACUUCAGGAGUUCUAAAUUUUUACUGGGUUGUGUGCAUUGUUAUGGGACUUAUUCAAACAAUAAAAGAUGGGUUUAUUUGUGUCUCAGUUGCACCAUCAAUUUGUUUUUAGAAUCUUUUGAUCCUUCAGAAAAGGGUUACCGUAUUUACCCGUGUAUAAUGCGCGCCCGUGUAUAAUACGCACCCUAAUUUUUGACCUCUUUUUUCCGAAAAAAAAGAUUUCAUGACAAAUACCAAGAAUUAAAACUUCCAUUUUUUCACUUAAUUAACAAGAGCUGGGAAUUCAUCAAUAAUAUGUUUACAACAAUUUCUAACUAGUUGCUACUACAAAUAUCGCACGCACCGAGCACCUAUUUACAAGCUUUUUUAUUCAGUAACAGUCAAAUGUUUUAUAAAUGUUGUAACUUGAAGUCCUUAUUAAUAUACCUAAAUUCACAACUUGAAUUAUUAUCAUAAAAGCCGUUCAUAAACAUUAUUUCUACUCACAGUACUGCUGGUAGCUUGAAUAUAAUUACUGCAUUGCAAUUGCGUGAUUUAAGUAAAAUGUUCAGUGUCUUUAAACAACGAAACCUUCAAAUUCCGACUCACAGUCCGAUUCGAAUAGGUUUCGAUGACUGAAUCCUCAAGUUCAUCAGUGAUCUCAGUUGAAUUGUAAACCAAUUCAUCUUGUGAUCCAUUCGAAUUGUUUGUGCACCCACACUUCAGAGAGAGGCAGCGAUCAUUUCUGAUGGAAUGCCUUCCUACGCUUGUGAAAUAUACGAACAGAUCAGUUCCUCCGAAGCCUUUUUUUGUCGUCCAGUAAGUUCGUGAAUUCCAUCAGCCAUCCACUCCUUUCGGACUCCAUCUCUAAAUGGUUUGUUCAAAGAUACAUCGAGCGGCUGGAGAAGGGAAGUUCGCGUUUGAAGGAAGUGUUCACAGUAUCUGUCACGUGAGCUUCAAAUGAGUCGUAAAUAAGCAAGCUCUUUCUCCUCCUCAGGCCACCGAUCCGUGCACUUUUACUUUCUUUGUUGCGUUUUUAACGUAUGCAAAUUAGGACGUGCUUGACAAACAAUAGAAUCCGUGUAUAAUACGCACCGCGAUUUUGAUGCUUGUUUUUAUGGAAAAAAAAGUGCGCAUUAUUCACGGGUAAAUACGGUAUAUUUCACAGCAUAACCACUGACAGGAAUCUUAUGCAACAUAAAGUCUAGAAAAUAUGAGUCAACCUUUCUAGCUGGGUAAUAUGUUGAUGACCUGGCCUAAGUGGUUGAUGUACAUGUAACCAUAAUUAUCUUCUGCUGUAGUUUGGACACUAUUGCAUCCUGAGUUCACCCACAAAAGGAUAUUUUUCUAGAGUGAUCAUUUCUUUGAUAUCUGGGGCACUGCUUUUGUAGUUAAUGAUAUAAUUGUAUGUUGAUAGGUAUACCAGUUAAUUGAAUCUUGUGUUCUUUAAUUUAGGUAAUGGCUUCUAUCAGUGAUGAUUCUCCACCUGAUAGAAAAAGGAAGAAACCCUCAAGGAAAGGCCCUAAUGAUAUAAUAAAAAAGAUGGCUGUGGUCUUAAGAGAGGGGGUUGUUUUCAAAAAGAAAGAAACAAAUGAAGUGUUCAUGCCAACUACAAUCACUAUGUCAAAUGACAUAAAUCCAGAUCCAGGGCUGCGUCAAGAAAUCUCAUUCACCAAGAGCAUGACACCAGAAGAUAUAAAAGAAGUACUGAAGAAUGCCUUCCCUAUUCUUGCUAACACUGAAAGGUAAUCUUUUAAAGAGGAAAUCAACCUAAAGAAUUGAAACAUUGUCUGAUGAAAAUUUUGACAUUUAAAUUGUAAUUAAUGUUAAAUUAAAAUUUGAAAGAAAAGCACAUUGUUUUAAGUGCACUGAAUACUUAAUUAUAAUUUUGAAGUAUUUGUUAAACAAGUCUGUGAUUCCAACAUGGAUGGUUCUAAGGUCUUGAAGAGUAAAGAAAAUCAUGGACAAUUUGUGACAUACUCUCCAUAUAUUUCCUUUGAGUGAUAAUGCCCUUGUUUACUAUGUUUACUAGCAUGUCUUACUAACAAUACAUAUGAUUGUUCCAAGAUAUUUUUGUCCUACCCAUUUUAAUUGUGUUGAUUAUGACAUUUCAGUCUUCCAAAAAGGUGUCGUGGUUCAAAGACUAGGACAAAUAUAUAAUAUUGUGCUUUCAUGUCAGUGGGCCAUGUCUGUGUAAUAUGUGGAUAGGCCUUGAAACAUCAAGAACAGAAUCCUAAGAUGUUGUUAAUCUUUGUUACCAACUUUCAUACUCAGAUUUUUUUGUGCAAAAGCAGUUCAGAAAGAAAAACUUGACUUCUGUGGAGAGCCACGUAUUUGGAGUGGGGAAGUCCUCAAUCGAGAGAUAAAGGGGCACAGUGUGUUGUACAUCUACUGUGAGGUUUGAAUUAUUCAUCAGUCCAAUAUGAGAUAAAUUUUUCAUACUUAAGAACAUUAAUUUGCUUUAUCUUUCAUGCACUUGGUUGGUUGAUAUCAUCUUGACAUCAAAUGCCUUGUAGUGUAGCAGUCUGAGACUGGAGGAACAACCCCCAUUCAUGACUACCUUCAUCUGUUAAUUUUCUUUCAUUUUAGAAAACACUACUGACACAGAUCACUUAGAAUUAUUGUUAAUCAGGUUUAAAAUACUGUUAAACACCAAAGGAUAUGCUGCACUUGCAGAUAAGCCAUGCAUAAAAAUUUGGAUAAAAGAUUUUUUCCAGAAAGUUUUUGAAAAGAAGUCAACAGAAUCACUUGUGGAGAUUUGUGAAUGUUGAUUUAUUUUGGUUGCUUUGUCAAACAAUUACACGCUAAGUUGAUUUACCAUAGACAGCAACAAAACACUGUUACACUUUCUUAUUUAUAGGCUUUAAAAAAAAUUGUAUACAGUUGUUUUUAUUUACAUUUAAUGUCAUGUCUUUUAGUGCAGUGGUUUCAAGUAUUAUAGGCCAUAAGCGAAAGUGCAAAAAUAAUUUUUCAAGCUUCUGCAGAUCCACAACAUCAUUAGAUCCAUGAUGUUGCAAUGGAUCUGCAAAAGAUUAGAAGCUCAUUUCUAAAACAGUAGAUAACAGCCUUAUUUGAAAUCAUUACCUAACUAGAAUGCUACUGAAGGACAAUGUGCAACAUGGUUAAGUAAAAAUAAAUGUUCAAAUAAGGUUGAACUAUGCUAGUCAUUUAAGUGACACAGCUAAGUCUGCUAUGUUUCUACUCUCAUUGCAAAUUUAGAGAAUCUAAGUUAUAGAAUGUGUAAUGAAAUAUUGCAGAUCCCUGAUUUAAAGCUCUGAAAAUAGAUAUAUACUAAUUAAAGUGCCUGCAAAAAAUUUUCUUCUUCUGCAUGAUUUUUUAGUCAACAAAGUUUUGACCAGACAAUUGCAUUUGUACUGACAAUCUUUCAAAGCUUUUACUAAAAAUCAUAGUUGCAUUGAAUUGUAAGCUAUUACUUUUCAGGAAGAAAACAGUGAUCAACAUCCCUCCCUUAUAACUCAAGUGGAAAACAUGCAGAUCUCUAGAAAUGUGAGUACUGGUUUUCCUUGUCACUUCACAGGAGGAAAAACAUGCAGUAAAAAGUUAUGUUUUACUUUGAAAAUGUACUUGUCUAGAGUUACUCAACUACUUGUAAAUGUUUCACUGCAUGGAGACAGAGAUCUGCCCUCGUUGUUGUGUUUUAUUUGAGCAAGCAUUGUUUAAAAAUUAAAGAGCAAUGCAAAUUGAAAACUUCUUACCUCCACUGUACAGUUUCCUAUUUUUUUCCAGAAGUUUUGAAAACAAUUUUGUUGACCCUCUCUUUCCAAAUACUUAAACAUACCAAAAGGAAGAGAAGUGUUCCAUAUUUCCUGGUGGCUUUAAUUGAGUAACUAGUAAAUUUUUGGGGAAUUUUUCCGCCUUCUCGUAGAGAAAGCUAUUUUGUGCUUUCCCUCCUUCAGUUCGUUUUAGAAUGUAAAGUAUGCAUGAUAUCUACAUUUAUUUCAUAUUUUUACCUCUAGCACCUAGCAUAUACUGAGCCAGCAAUAGGGACUCUAUUUCAUACUAUGCUGAAUAUGUUGAAUUUGUUCUUAACAAGGAAUCUUCAUCAGAAGACCGUAGUGACUCAGGUUUUGAAACAUGCACCAUUCCUCAAGGUGAUGAUGGCUUUUUUUUAGAAUUUUCAAUUAAAUUUUACUCUGGAAAUGAGGUCAUUUUCUAAGUUUUGGUAGAACUUUGAAUGUCACUCCUUUGCUUGCUCCUUUCAUCAGUUCCUGUUAACUUAAUUAAGUUAAGUGAAUCUACUGACUUGUGCAUAGAGGUUUUGUAGUCUUUGUGUACUCUCACUGGUCAGCUAGUUCAAUGGAAAUAGAAUAUUAAGAGAGAUGGUUAGUUUUGAGAUCAGUAAAGAAAAAGAGAAAAAUGUUUUCUGUCUUGUCACAUGCAUGGGACAACGAAAAAAUUCUGAGUCCCCAUGAGGAAUCAAACCCGACAGAACUUUGGAUUCCACUCUCUGAUGCUCUACCACUGAGCCACAGAGACUAUUAUGAGUGAGGUCUUUUAUGAAGAGGUCUAUUAUGAAGUUCCUUCCUUGAUUCCUCAUGGGGACUCAAAAUUUUUCUUUGUCCUACAAUCCUGAUAACACAAAAACAUCUUCCUCCAGUUCAAUGGAAGUUUAAAAGAGGGUAGCUGUUUGCAGCACUACACAGCUUUGGAAAUUCUUCAAAUACAGAUGCUGCCAUCCAAAUCUUUCUAGGUCAUGUUUUGACUCAAAGUCACUCUAUAAUAUUUAAUUGUAAGUUUGCAGGGCCCUCUUUUGCUUACAUCUGAUAACAUGAUAACAAAUCCCUAUCAGUUUUCUGCCUUGGAACAAAAAGAAAACAGUUUGUGUGAACACAAGUGUUUUUAACUGAUUGCAUUCUAAGAAAUGAUGCAGCGAAUUCAAUGAAUUUUCUUUUAUCUCAGAAAAGCACUAGAUUAUUUUCGUCUGUAGAAGUGUUACUGACCAAUCUAGCCACCAAUGUUUACCUAAGAGAACUGAAUUUAAUCAAUCAGCCAAAAACUCUAACUGUUCCCAUGGUUCUUGUUUCACAUCAGAUCAUAAACAAUUGAAGCAAUUAACAAUGCUGAGUUUGUGCCUGAACUCCCCAUUUGCACUACAGUUCCAGAAAGAACUAAAAAUAUAAUUCCCCAGCUUUGAACCCAGUGACCAAUUGAUUUCAAUGAACUAUCAGUUGCCCACCUCAUCACUCUCUAACAAUUACACAUUUUCUGAGUUAAGUGGCUCACAGACACUCUGAUCUUGGAAUUAGUUGCAUUUCUCAUCAUGUCUCAAUUGAUCCUAAAUGUUGAAAGGUUCACUUGCCUACAAACAUGUGUACAUAGUUGGAAAUGCCUAUUUACCUUUUUCUUUUUAAGACACUUCAAGAAAUAGAGAUUCACUCAGUAAUAUUAAUAUGACCAGAUCUCUGGAACAUGAUGAAUACAGACCAAAUGGUAUUUUUGAGGUAUGUUGAAAAUUUAUUACCAUCUACAUGCAAUAGCUGUGUUAUUUUGCAUCAAAUUAUAGAAAGCUCAGUGUGAGUAUUGCAUUCUUACUAUGUAAAUAUAUAUUCAUAAUACAUAUAUAUAAAUAUACCCAUUUUCAAAAAUGUUGCAAUUUGAAAAUGGAUACAAAGUACAUGUACCUUUCGUUUUUCCAUUAAAAAGGUGUUGACAGAAUAAAUAAUAGGGACAAAGGUUGUAAUCCUUCAGUGUAAAAUAUACAUGUAUCAGCCUUAUGAAUGAAAAUGAAGGGAGCUGUUUCUCUAAAGCACAGGGGUGGGCAGGCUGGGGUUUGAACUAGUUUGCCUGUCAAUUGAAAGAGGCUUCUUAGCUUACUUUGACAAUGUGCUGUUUUGUCUGACUUAUUGUGAGGUUUAUGCCCUGCCACUGCUCAGUCAGUGGGCUAAUAGACUAAAUAGCUGGAGGUUGGUCAAGUGUCAGAAGCAUUAGAGUUGGAAGGGGGAUUUUGCAAACACCUGUCUACUACAUUUUCUGGUUUAAGGCAUGCAUUGCCUGCCUUCAAGUCAGCAUGGCCAAUUAUAUUUGAAGGCUGGUACCAGCUUGGGUCUUUCCACACCUCAGCCAUUGGGCUUAGACUCCAUGGUUGGAAGGUGAAUAAGUGUCGAAAGCAUGGGUCUGGGAAGAGGGCUCAAUUGACUUUGCAAACACCUGAUGGCUAGGUUUUUACAUGAAGAGGGGCUUCACCUGCCUUCAAGCCAGCUUGCAGACUGGCAGCUCAUGGAGGGGGGGGGGGGGAGUUAGAUUUUGGGCUUAUCAGUCCCAGUCAGGCUCAUGCCCUGCCACAGCUCCGCCUGUGGGCUAGAUCACUGUGGCUGUGGGUUGGUUGUAUUUGUAGUUUGUAAUAUAGGGGGCUUGGUAAGGGACUUUGCUGUGAUCUUGGGUCUGUUUUGGUGCAGUUUCAGAGAAAUAAUUUAACUCUCGCAAGAAAAACAAUGGCCAAAGACAAAGCACUUGACACACGGCUGCAUGACACAGAAGCCUCUAGCAUGUAUGCAAAUAUUUUCAUUCUAAGCAGGACUCAAACUCAAAUCAAGCUGCAUGGUUUCAGCAGUCUCACUCUGUCAGUGAAGAAGUCGAAGAGACUUUAAGUUACCAUUCAGAGACUGAAAGAUCAAUUGGGGCUAUUAAUCCUCUUGAGCUUCCACCUUGUAAGUGUAAUUAACAGAACAGAAAUUAUUAUGAGGUAUGUUAUACAUGUGGAUCAAUAACUCUAGUUUAGUUAAAUAUUUUGUAAUCCACUGUGUUUUGGGUUUAGAAAUAUUUGUUUUGUUAUUAGUUUGAAAUGAAGGAAAAUAAUUCGUGAACCCCAGAUAAAAAUUGGACCACAACUUGUAUGUUGUCUCAGUAUGGUUUAAUUCAAAUGACCUUGCAUGACUACAUGUAUAUAUAGUGUAAUCGGUAUUUAACUAGGACUUGACAAAAAACUUGAAAUUAUCAAAAGUUUUUCUUCAAAUCUGAAUUUACUGAACUUAUACUGAAGAACAUCCUAAAAUCUUUAAAUUUACAAGCUGUCAUGCUGAUAAUGUGUUUCACUCUAAUUUCAUCAGUUGAGCACAAUUCAGGGAGUGAAGAAACUGUGCAAGACACUCUUUCAAGAAACUGUAAGCUAUUAUCAAUAAUUAUUAGUAGUUUUACAGUAUUGGUUUGAAUCUAGGAGUAAUAUUUGAUUGUCUUCUUUGAUCAUCCAGGUGAGAGUUGACCUUUGAUGGACUGUUUUUGAAAAUAGGCUUGAAUUAAGGUCAAGUUGCCGACGGUUCAACUCGCCAAUGCCAACUUGCCGACGUGUAAAAUCGAGUAGAAACGUCGGCGAGUUGGUCUUCAAUCCAGUACAACUUAUUAGAAGUUAAACAUAUAGAAAAGUAAAGGAUCUUUAGGGAAAAAACAAUUUUUUUUCUUCCAACAAAUUUUAUAUGGAUCUCAUUGAGAAUAAAGCAAGGUAAACAUCGCCAAUGACUAUAAAAGCUUCAAACACGAACGAGUUAUUGUGUGACAACAACACUGUAACGACUCAUGACAUCAAUCGGUCAGAUUAUUUUAAGAAAACUUGGCUUUAUGGAUAAGAUCUUUAGUAAAAAAAACAAUUCAUUUUAUUUCCAACAAAGUUUUUAGGGAUCUCAAGGCGAAUAAAGCAAGGUGAACAUCGCCAAUGACCAAAAAAGCUUUAGACGCGAACAAGUUAUUGUGUGACAACAACACUGUAAAGACUCAUCACAUCAAUCAAUCAGAUUUUGAAAAGAAAAACUUGGCUUUCUAGACAUGAUCUUUGGUAAAAUACCAUUCUUUUUGUUUCAAACAAAGUUUAUAAGGAUCUCAAGGCGAAUAAAGCAAGGUGAACAUCGCCAAUGACUAAAACAAAGGCAAAACAGGGUUAGCGAAAUGGCGCGAGGACGUGCUCUGAUUUUCUCCUGCUUUUACGCGUCAAUACUAUUCUUAUCGCUCACCAAAUUCGCCGAAAGACAGCCUUCUCUUCAAGAAAAUAGCAAAAUCUCCAUCACGAAGAAUUUCUCGUGGUCGAGGCGUUUUCUCAUAUCAGUAUACGCAAGCCUCUGCAAUCAACGGAAGACGAAAACGAUCCGCCAUCUUGGCCUGUUGUGGCAUGUGCGAGGUUUUCAUGCGACCAGGAUAUGUUACUAUGCGAACUCGCACUCAACAUUCCAUCAAAUGCGACUCUACACAAGUGGGGACAUCGACAUAAAUCCUGGUCCAGAUGAAUGUUCAGUGUGUAACAAGCGUGUUGCCCGAAAUCAUCGAGCGGUAAAUUGCGAUAACUGCAACAUGUGGUGUCACAUAAAAUGUGCCUCGAUCAGGCCAAGCGAAUAUAAGAACUAUCAAAGACUUCCUUCAUUUUCCUGGUGGUGUCCGAUUUGCCUUUGGUCGUCUUUACCAUUCGACAAUGAGACAAACCUAGAUUGCUCAUCUGACUCGCAUCUUUAUCCAUCUUUCGAAGUGGACCUGCAACUACCAACACUAGGUUGCUCAUCUGAUUCGCAUCUUUAUCCAUCACUCAAAGCGGACUUGCAACUACCAGGUUUGAAGAUCUCACACAUCAAUGUAAAUGGUCUUCCUAACAAGUUAUUGGAAAUUAAAGCUCUUUUUACUUUCGAUGAAUUUUGACAUUUUAGCCAUAACUGAAUCCCAUCUAGGUAAGGAUAUUACUGACGACGAAAUCGCCAUUACUGGAUACAAAACUGCUCGAUGCGAUCGAAACGAUGGUCGAAAAGGCGGUGGCACGGUCAUCUACUUUGCUGAAUACUUAGAUGCAUAUGAGCGUCGAGACAUAAAUGUAAACAACUCUCUAGAAGCUGCGUGGAUUGACGUUACGGUGGCGUCUCAGAAACUUCUAGUUGCUUCAAUGUAUCGCCCACCCGAUGACACUACGUUUUUAAAUAAAUUUUCUUCUACUUUGGAUCGCAUAUGGAUGAAACGAACGAAUAUAAUUUUAUUGGGGGACUUCAAUUUUAAUCUUUUGCCUAAAUCCAGGGACACAGAUUCUUCAACCUGGAAAUUCCGUCAACUUUUGAAUAGAUUUAAUCUAAAGAAUGUCAUCAACAAGGCAACAAGGAUCACUGACACCUCCACAACGCUGAUUGAUUUGGUGAUUUGCUCUGACACCUCAAAAAUUUCUCACCAGGGUGUUUGUGAUUUAGGAAUCUCAGAUCACCACUUAAUAUAUGCAAUCGUAAAUCUCAAAAGAAAACGUCAGAAACCAACGCUCAAAACAGUCUACGAUUAUAAAAAAGUAGAUCUAGACUCAUUAAGAACGGACUUUGCUGCAGCCCCAUGGAGUAUCUGCAAUGUCUUUCACAAUCUGGACGAUGCUACUUGGGCUUGGGAGUAUUUAUACAAGGACAUUAUGAAAUCUCACCUUCAUGCUCGACGAGUAAAGAUAAGAAGAGGGGGCCUACCCUGGAUGAACUCUUCCAUACGUAAAGAGCUGAACAAACGCUACAAAUUACUCCUUAAAGCACAGAAAACACCGAAGGGCUCACAAGCCUGGAUAGAUUACAAGAAGGCAAGAAAUAAAUGCACCAAACUCCUUAGAUUAGCGGAAUCAAGUUAUUGGCUAACAAAAUUUAAUGAGACAACCUCUGCUCGAGAUUUUUGGAAGACAGUAAGAUCUUUCGAGGGAAAACAAACAGCUACAAAUAUCGGACCGAUUAAAGAUAGUUCCGGAGUUAUUCACGCAGACGAUACAUCAAAGGCCAACACUUUAAAUUCCUUUUUUGUCAAUGUUGGAAAAUCCCUCUCGAAAUCAACACAAGAUUCUUCAGUAAACUCUCCUUGUCAGUCCGCAAGAAAAAACAGUGCCUCUCUUUAUAACAUAGCCCUUAACAGAGAUCUUUUAAAAUCUUCUCUAAGGUGUUUGAAACCUGGCAAGGCGAGUGGACCUGAUGACAUAUCCAGCAAAGAGCUGUACCUUAUUGGAGACGCAUUUUUGGAUUGCUUUAUGCCACUGGCUCAAAGAAGUAUUUUGGAAUGCAAACUCCCCAGCCAGUGGAAACAGGCACAGGUAAAAUGUCUUCACAAGAAGGGGAAUACUCUCGACUGUGAAAACUACAGGCCUAUUUCCCUUCUUAGCAUUCCGGGCAAGCUAUUGGAGAAUGUUGUAAGCCAACAACUUGAUAACUUCUUAUAUAGCAACAAUCUGAUCUCCUUAAAUCAAUGGGGCUUCAGAAAAGGAAGCUCACCCGAGCUGCUCUUACUUUCCGUUACAGAACGAUGGCGUUUAGCCUUGGAUGAAAGCAAUAUUAUUGGCGUAGUCUUUAUUGAUUUUCGGAAAGCGUUUGAUUGCGUCAACCACACAGUUCUUAUGGAUAAAUUACACUCUAUAGGUAUUAGUGGCUCUUUUUUACGAUUGGCUCUUAAAUUAUCUUGAUAAUCGUAAACAAUUUGUCACCGUAAAUGGUUCAAACUCAGAAUUGUUGGAAAUAGAUACGGGUGUACCCCAAGGGUCUUUACUUGGUCCUAGACUUUACAGCAUUUACUCAAAUGAUCUGCCCGGAGCCACAACGAACGCUUCCGUUGAAAUGUUUGCAGAUGAUACUACUGUUUUUUGCAUUGGAAAUACUGUUGAUGAAGUUUUAUUUAAGAUACAGAAAGCGAUCGUUGACUUAAACAAAUGGGCUAAGGAUAACUUCAUGACUAUUCAUCCCGCAAAAAGUGAACUAAUGUUGUUAUCAAAAUCAAGAUUCAUCGGACCCCUACAGAAAAUUUGUUUAGGGCAAAAUGAGUUGUCAUUUGUUUCCAAAGCUACAUGUUUAGGGAUUCUUAUCGAUAAUAAACUCUCUUGGUCGCCACAUAUAAAAUCUUUGAGCAAACGUUUUUCGGCAAGAGUGAAGAAACUCAAACACCUAAAAGGACUCGAUAAUCGCCUCUUAGAGUCAAUUUAUUUCAAAGGUAUCAUUCCAAGUAUUGCGUAUUCUAUUGCAUUAUGGGGAUCUUCUAAGACACUUCAGACACUGGAAGACAUUCACAUUGGAGCCGCGAGAUUUAUUUUUUAACCUAAAGGAAUCUACCCCAAUACUGAAGUUCUGGCAGCGACAAAAUGGAAGUCCUUAUCAUAUUUCUAUAAAAAGAGGAUUGCCACUAUAUCCUAUCAGGCAUUUUACAAUAGAGCUCCGGCUGCUAUAAGCUCUUUGUUUACUAAACACUCUCCGUUGAGAAAUCUAAGGGACAAUCUGAAGCUAUUCGUGCAACGCCCUAAAAGUGACUUCCGUCGAUCUUCUUUUUCUCACCAUGCGUCUGUUCUAUGGAACAACUUACCCGUGUACUUGAAGAGCAAACCGAACAUUGUUUCUUUCAAAUCUGCUCUCAAAGCAAAAUCCGACAUUUUAGAUAAAAUAACAUUUAAUGGUUUACAGGGACUAAAUAAAGACGUUGUAAAUUACAUAUAUUAAAGCUAUUUUACUACUUUUAUUUAUUUUAUUACUUUUUAUUACUACUGUAAAUCAACUGUAUAUUAUAUUACUAGGUCUUACAUCCUUUCUUACUUAUCAUAAUUUCGCAACUUGUUAUUGUUAUUAUUUAAAUUUUGUAGACACUCUUUAAUUUUGUAGGUCCACAUCAGCUUUUUAGCUGCCAUUUAUCGACCUACGUGACAAAUAAAGUAUGUAUGUAAAAAAGCUUUAGACGCGAACGAGUUCUUGUGUGACAACCAUAACAACCACGCGGAACCACAUGUUUUUCUAACUUUAAAGAAUGGUAUAUUCAUGAUCGAGAACGUUUGAUUUACGAUAAAAUUUGAUAUAUUAUAAAGAUCAAGUGAACAUGUGAAAGCUAUGCAUAUCAUGCAAUUAUUCUGCUCUUGAAGGUCCAUUUAAUCUCGACAUCGAUUUCAAUAAUUGAGCCGCUGUUUUUUCACCAUUCUCGUAUUUCUCCCAAAAUCCAAACACCUUACUCUGCAAUUGCUAUUAGCCCUUCUUUGGACUCUGGUCAGCUUCUGGUUAGAUACUAAUCGUAUUUGUAUUGCAAAAAAUGUUUGCCUUUCACUUGCAUAGCCCGGUAUUAAGACAGACCAAACGUAAACACCUUCAAAAGUGUGCUACCGAAGCGUUAAUCAAGAAUAACGCUGGUUGUCACACAAGAACUCGUUCGCGUCUUUGAUCAUUGGCGAUGUUCACCUCGCUUUAUUCGCCUUAUAAACUUUGUUGGAAAUAAAAAGAAUUGUUUUUUACUAAAGGUCUUGUCUAGAGAGCCAAGUUUUCUUUAAAAAAAAUCUGACCGAUUGACAUAAUGAGUCUGAGUGUUGUUGUCACCACGAAUUGCGGUGAUUUCGCCAACGAGUGAUUUCGCCAACGUCAUGUUCGCCAACGUCUUUGGUCGCUUCGCCAACGCGAUGAGUCGCUUGGCCAACGUCCUACUGGUCACUUCGCCAACGCCAAAUAUCUAGUAAUAACUAGAUUAGCGGUAAUUUAAAACUGUUGAAUAACAAACUCCGAUGAUUUCCAAAUGUGUUCCAAAAAUGUAUAACUCAAAAUUUUACUUGAAAAAUGCGUUACGAUGUGAAUUAACGAGUUAACAUUUUUCAGAAACAAUCAGAGUCUGUUUUCCAGCCUUCAAAACGAGUCAGAAAUAAAAUAUAACAAGUAUAAUAUCAACAACAUUUUAAUUACAAUACGUACUUUUAUAAAUAUUUACAAGUGCAAAAUAUUUUAGUGGAAAACCUAUUUACAAAACCUUCUGAUUCACAAAAUAUUUUCAAUGCAAAACUUAUUUACAAAACCUUCUGAUUCAAAAAAAUGUUUUAGUCAAAACCUAUUUACAAAACCUUCUGAUUCACAAAAUAUUUUCAAUGCAAAACUUAUUUACAAAACCUUCUGAUUAAAAAAAAAUGCUUUAGUCAAAACCUAUUUACAAAACCUUCUGAUUUUCUGAUUUUUUGGUACACGCACCAGUUUCUUGGGGUGAAUACUUCACUCUCAAUCCACUGUCGUCGGAUGUACUGGACAAGUCUCCCCAGCUGGUCGGUUUGGGCCUGCUCCUCGAGUAGGUCGAACAUCGGUUGGAUUUCCGGAUACGGGAGGAACGGGAGGGCCAUUAGCUUCCUGAUGUACUUGUAAACGGAAUCGUCGUCCAUGUACGCCCUUUGGAGGCCAAGCUCUUGUACCUUAAAGUAAAAAAUGGUAAAAAAGGUGUAAAUAAAGUACAGUAAAAACCCGCGACCCGCAUUUUAGACGAUAAUGGAUUUUAAGUAAGUUCAUUUAAGCAAGUUCACUGUCAGAUGAUAUAAGAAACUAAAUAACAUUGGUCACGGUUCAGUUUUGGUCAGUGUAAUGAGUUUUUUUUACUUUUAGGAGAUGUCUUCUGUUAGGUAUAAGAUAAGCAACAACAGUUGUAAAAAAGAGAAAUUAGAUCCUCCAUCAACUUAUAAUCCUGACCCAGGUCUCUACUUUUUAGAGUAUCAGAGUAUAUAUAAGUAAAUAUAACUUACCGGUGUUACACAUUCGAUGGUUCCAGCGAAAACAUCCAUCGCACUGAACCGCUUGCUGCCGAGGCCGUACCAGUUCGUGACAAACAAUACAGUUUAAAUCUGCGCAGUAGUCAUCCUGAUAUUUAUAGUAUUCCGAGAUAAAGGUUUCCGAGAUAAUUCGUUAUGAGUCGUAGAGUGUCGUAAUCGUAUGAUUGAAAUGAACAUUCUUCGCAUGCCAAUGUGUUUUAUACACUUCGAAGGAUCGAAAUAUCAUACCAGUUAGUUUCAAGCAAUUGGAUUGGUUUAUUUAGAACAAUAGGGUAAAAUUAACAAGUAUUAACACAAUGAGUUUACGCGUCUAUUCAUAUGGUAAUAUACAAGCGUGUGUUUCUUGUAAUACUUAUAUACUCUUGAUCGAAGUUAUAAUAUGCGCUGGAGUUAUAGAAUUAGUAGUAGUAGUAGUCUACAAUGUAUUUAUAUAAAUCUCUGUUCUAGAAGUCUCAAAGGUAAUUAUAUAAAUCUCUGUUAUUGACAAAUAAACCUUAUAGAAGAACUUAAGGAAAAGGUUGCACACACGCGACUUUAUUGCUCUAAGUUAAAUUCAGCAACAUACAGCGCCGGUGACGCGUGGCGUGCCGUGCAUUUAUGUGGGCCCACUGUGUUUUAAGUUGCGCGUACAAGAGAAGGAAACUAAGUCUAAACAAAAUAACGGAAGGAAACUAAGUUCGAACGGGGAAAUCAAGUCAGCUCAGUCAAGUAAACAACACACAGAAGCAAGAAGAAGUAAUGGUAAAUUUUUAUUUAGAGUAAACUAAUACAUUGGCGAAGUGACCAGUAGGACGUUGGCCAAGCGACUCAUCGCGUUGGCCAAGCGAUCAAAGACGUUGGCGAACGUGACGUUGGCGAAAUCACUCGUUGGCGAAAUCACCAGAUACCGUCACCACAGGCGGCCCAAGCUCACGUCUCGAGAAAAAGCCAACGAUGAAUUCAUGAACGCGUCACGCGUUAUGUGACUCGGUGUUAAGUUACGGGAGGAACCGUUGAAAAUUUGAACACGUUAUAAGGAAUAGUAUGGGGAACGAAAUAUGGUCGAUUUACAACGAUAAAUAUUUCGAAAUAUGAAUAUUUUACACGUAAAAUCAAUAAAACUUACUCAUGCCCUGUGUAUCCGUCGUAGUUUCUGGCGAUUUCUGCUGUUUUAAGCUUGCUUUACCAUCACUGUUAUCCAUGUCAAAAAGCAAAUUUUCAAUGGUUCCUCCCGUAACUUAACACCGAGUCACACAACGCGUGACGCGUUCAUGAAUUCAUCGUUGGCUUUUUCUCGAGACGUGAGCUUGGGCCGCCUGUGUUGUCACACAAUAAUAUCUCAUUCGCGUCUGAAGCUUCAAUAGUCAUUGGCGAUGUUUACCUUGCUUUAUUCGCGAUAAGAUCCUUAGAAACUUUGUUGGAAGAAAAAAAAUUGUUUUAUAGUAAAGACCUUUUACUUUUCAACAUGUUUAACUUCUAAUAAGUUGUACUGGAUUGAAGACCAACUCGCCGACGUUUCUACUUGAUUUUAUUCGUCGGCAAGUUGACGCACAGGCGGCCCAAGCUCCAGCUGUGAGAUGAUCAUCUUACGCAACAACGGUCAUGGCGGAAUUAUAAGAGUUUGUAUGGGCAUAUUUACGACCGCCCUCAGGAAUAAAAAAAAUACGUCAAAUUCUCAAAAAAAAUACCUCACCUCGCUUCCACAGCGUAUUGCUUGUUAUCUGACCGCUUACUUUGAUGAAAAGAGCCCAUUUGAGUGAGUUUUUCAUUUCGAGGUUUUCAACGUACAUAAGAAAAGCCUUUUCUUAUGUACGUUAAAAACCUCGAAAUGAACAACUCGCUCAAAUGGGCUCUUUUCAUCGAAGUAAGCGGUCAGAUAACAAGCAAUACGCUGUGGAAGCGAGGUGAGGUAUUUUUUUUGAGAAUUUGACGUAUUUUUUUAUUCCUUAGAGCGCUCGUAAAUAUUCCUAUACAAACUCUUAUAAUUCCGCCAUGACCGUUAUUGCGUAAGAUGAUCAUCUCACAGCUGGAGCUUGGGCCGCCUGUGGUUGACGUUGGCGAGUUAAUUAAACUGUCGGUGACUUGACUGGAUACCAUAAGCUUCGAUAAAUUAUGCCAGUAUAAUUUUGAUGCUGUACUCCAAGCAUUGAGCAUAACUUUGGCAUAACAACUAAAAAAUUAUUGAGCAUAAAUGCAAUAGACUGCAUUUCGUGUACUUUUAUCAUUAGGUUUUCAGGGUUAUUUUCAGCAUAUGCAUCUGAAAUUCCAUUUCUAGAACUUUUCUGUAAAUUAAAAUUUGCUCUCAUGUCCCUUACCAAUCUAAUUGUUUACAAAAUUUAUACCUCAUUCCCAUGUGGAAGUUGAUGAACCCAACAAAAUUAUUGAACAAGAACAAUGUAAGUUUGCAUUUUCAAUGAUAGUUAUUCCAUUAAGAAAACUAAAGGUUCAUUGGAAUUAUGAAAUUCAAUCUUUAAUCUGCUGUUGAUCAAAAAGAUACAACCACUAUGCAUCACCUUUACGAUAAAAGUAAAAAAAUCAACUACAUUUACUGUUGAGUUCCUUUUUUUUAUUAAAAAAAAAACUCUAUGUUAGCGUGUAGAGUGGUAUGUUGCUCGCACCAAUCAGAAUGCUACAUUAGGGUGUUUAUCUCACACCAAUCAGACUGCAGCAUGUAUCUCACACCUAUUGGAUUGCCGCAUCAGGGUAUGUAUCUCGCGCCAAUCAUAUCACAGCAUUUGGAUAUCAUGUUUUCUUGUAAAUUGUAAUAUUUUUUCUUGCUUCCACUCAGCUGUUAUAAAUGGAACAUCCUUUUCUCUCAUUGUUUAAUUUCUUUCUUGUGGGUGCGUGUUUGUCCACAAUUGAUUCAAAUAAUGCCAUCUGGUAGUCAUACUUCUCACUGCUGUUACCAAAUAUAUCUCCUACAGGCCACGGAGUGUCACUCAGGUCCCUAUUGAGCUCCUCAAAAUCUGUAUACUUUGUCUGUCUGAAAGUAAUCAUUUUGGUCUUGCUCUUCCGAACUUUCUCCGUCUGCUCUUCAUAGAUCAUUCUAUGAUCACUGAUUUCUAGUUUGCAAGUUCCAUAUUUCUUGAACAUUUCAGGAGCAUUUGUUAAGAUUGUAGGCGCAAGAAUUUGUACUAUUAUUUUUUGUUAGUGUUGGUGUUUUAUAGUUUCGUGUUAGGUGUUUAUUUUCUCGUCUUCCAUUAGUGUCCUUUGUCAGUUACCAGUUUUGUACUUGUUAUAUUUAUUUGCAUAUCGUAUAUAUAUUGGUUGCGCGUAAUUUAUUUGGUUAGUUGUCUAGUUUGUGAAAAUUACCGUUACAUAUCUAGCUCUGGGUUUCAUGUUUUCGUCUUUGGGUUGGUCACAUUCGUCUUGUAAGUAUCCUUGUUUAUCUCGCUUUGUCGUUUUCCAGUACUUUCACUCAUACGAUGUAAGUUAUUUUAUGCUCAUUCGCGUGUUUGUAAUUUUGUCAUUUUCAGUUACCGUAUUCAACAAUGUGUCAAGUUUGUUCUAGUAAAGUUUGAGAUACGAGUGAUUAGCGUUUGCGGCUAUAUUUUGUAAAAGACGAAUCUGGUUUAUUGGAAGUUUAUGUCGAUGUCUCGCAACGGUUCUGAUGUCUACCUGUCUUAUUCGGCCGGGAAGAACGGCCAACCUGCCGAAAACGGUCCACGUCCUCGUAAACCGAAUACCUCUUUGGAUCAAGAAGGAAUCUCUCUUGAACGCAUCCGUGAACUCAGAAAGCGAAGAGGAGGAGUGUUGUCUUCGUUAACGUCCAAGCGUCGAGAGAUCGAUAGUCUUUUAACGGAUGAAAAUAAUUUGGUGACGGUGAAAGUAAAGCUGUCGGAAAUCACGUCGCUAUUUCGAAGAUUUACCGAGGCUCAUGACGCGUAUAAUGUAGCUCUGGUUGAGGAAAGUCAGAGACAAGAAUCAGACCUCUAUUUCGCCGACAUUGAAAGCAGUUUAGAUUUUUUCUGCCGUACGGUCAAUGAUUGGUUACGUGUCACGGAAGCCAGGCUUCAAGAUAACCUGAUAACGCCUGACGACAGCGCUUCUCAAAUUGGGUCCGAGGUUCGUAGCAAGUCUAGACCAUCCAUGUGUGGAUCGAGAACGAGUCACUUUUCUAAAACGAGCUCCAUAUCUGCUGCAAGAGCCAAAGAGGCAGCUCGCAUCGCGGAACUUCGAGCGGAGGCACACGCUUUGAAACACCGCCAUUCGCUUCAGGAAUCGGAGCUACGCCUCAAGAGGCAAGAGUACGACCUGCAGUUGAAGAAAGAUGAAUUAAACCUCAAAACUGAGUACGCUAAAGCGGUGGCUAGAGAAGAAGCUUACGCUCAAGCUGAAGCGGGUAAUUUCGCGCCUAGCAACGUGGCCUCUAGGAAUCCUCGUUGUCCCGUUUCAGUCGUAUCCUCCAUCACUGAAAAGUCAAGGACUGGUGGUUCAAAACGUGAGUCAUUUGUACCUGCCCAUAAGAAAGAGAAAUUGUCUGUGAAGUCAAGUAACCCGGUUAAAGAUCAUAAGGGUGCUGUGAGUGAUUCAAGUUCAAGCUCUGGCAACUCAGGUCUGAGCGACCAGGCCUAUGGCAUUCUCGUCCAGCAGAACCGAGUAAUGGAAGAGUUCGUGAAACAGCAGCAAAGGAACUUAUUGCCCAGGAGACGUGUACCUGUGUUCAGUGGAGACCCUUUACAUUACUGUGCUUUCAUUCGCGCGUUCGAGACCGUAAUCGAAACUAGAGAACUAGAUUACGCUGGGAGACUCUAUUACCUCGAACAGCACACAGCUGGCAGAGCUCAAGAGUUGGUACAAAGUUGCCUCUACAUGAAAGCCGAAGAUGGGUACGUAAAGGCAAAGAAACUCUUAGAGAGCAAAUUUGGACAGAAGCACAAAAUCGCUAUGGCAUAUGUGGAUAAAGUCACUAAUGGUCCAGUCAUCAAAGCUGAAGAUGCAGACGCCCUAGAAGGCUUUGCCGUUUUGCUCUCUAGCUGUACAAACACUCUUAAGGCUAUCGGCCAUUCCAGCAAGUUCGAAAGUCCGGAUAGCAUGCGGAAGAUUAUUGAGAGGCUUCCCCCGAAGUUGCAAGCCAGUUGGCGGGACAACGCUGAUCGGAUCCUCAACUCGGAAGCGAGAGAUGUCUGCAUUGAUGAUAUUUCACUCUUCGUUGAACAGAAAGCUCGCACCUUGUCCAAUCCAGUUUUUGGCAAGCUUCCUUGUUUGGAAAAGGAGAAGAAGAACUGCAAGGAUAGGGGUUCGAGAUCGAAGUCUGAGAGACCCGCUGGAAAACAGCUAAGCCUCGUCACGAUUUCCGAGACGAAAUCUGCUCUCAAUUCAUCUGCUGAUGUGUUGAGUGCAGUUCAUUCUUCUAAGAAGAACUGUCUGUUUUGUAAUGCAGAUCAUAAUCUCACCGAAUGUUCCAGUUUCGCCAAAGUACCUCCUACAGAUCGUCAGGAGUUUGUCAUGAAGCAGAGGCUAUGCUUUUCGUGCUUAGGUGGAGGCCAUCAGUCUAGAAGUUGUCACAAAAGGAAGCCCUGUAUUCACUGUAAUAAGAGACACGCUACUGUAAUGCAUGUAGGUGCACCAGAAGCUAUUGUUGCGUCCGACCGUGGUAAGGAUGGACCUCAGAGCGAGAACAACCAGUCCAGUACUGAGAAGAACAGAGCUGAUCACUUUUGUGGCCUAACCACAAUGGAGGGUUCCGUGACUGCAUUGCCCAUUGUUGCUGUGAAGGUCAAAGUCAAAGGAAGUCCUCGGUCCGUGGAGACCUAUGCGUUGCUGGAUAAUGGAUCUAACACCACCUUUUUGCUCGGCUAAUCUGUUGAGACGUCUGAGAGUCUGCGGCAAGGAAAUGAGACUCAAGCUAACCACCAUGGAUAGCUGCAACGAUGUGGACAGUCUCGUUGUUACGAACCUGGAAGUGGCUGAUCUAGACGAGAACGUUGUCAUUUCCUUGCCAGAAGUUCUUUCCCGACCUUCUAUGCCUGUAGUGAAAGACGAGAUCCCGAAACAGGAGGAUGUGGAGCGAUGGCCGCACCUCCAAGGCUAUGUAUACCUAGCAGAAUUGAAUUCCGAGGUGGAUCUAUUGAUUGGUGCAAACGUACCUGAAGCCCUACAACCGAGAGAAGUUGUCCCUGCCUCUGAUGGGGGUCCAUAUGCAACUAGAGUUGAUCUUGGCUGGGUUAUCAAUGGCCCAACUGGAAGAAAGCAAAAGUUUGUCCCAUCUUCUAGUUUCUUCGUUAACUGUAAGGAGACUCAUCCUAUGUGUAUAGCAUGUGCUGAUUUUGCAGAUGCCACUCUUUCCGAUGGUUUAAGCAUGUCAAGGGAUGACUUAAAGUUCAUGAACAUUGUAGAGGAUUCAGUUAUGCAGUGUGAAGAUGGUCAUUAUCAGGUUUCUCUACCGUUAAGGGACCUCAACUUGCAGAUGCCAGCAAACCGGAGUCAAGCAGAACGCCGUGCUCUCUAUCUUAAACGUAAAUUCUCCAAAGAUGUGAAGUUUCGCGAGGACUAUGUUGCUUGUCUUGAGAAGGUGAUCGGUGACGGUUUUGCAGAAAAGGUUCCCCUGGAUGUCCUGGAGAGAUCAGAUGGUAAGGUGUGGUUUAUCCCGCACCACGGCGUUUAUCAUCAUAAGAAACCGGAUAAGAUACGUGUCGUUUUCGAUUGCUCAGCCCAUUCUCAAGGAACUUCCCUGAAUGAUGAGCUGUUUCAAGGUCCUGACUUAACCAAUAAUCUGGUUGGCGUGCUGAUCCGUUUCCGUCAGGAGCCAGUCGCAGUCAUGGGUGACGUUCAAUCUAUGUUCCAUCAGGUGCGUGUCCCAGAAGUAGAUAGAGACCUCCUACGGUUCCUUUGGUGGCCCCGUGGUGACUUCUCCAAGGAAUUGGAAGAGUAUCGGAUGACCGUACAUCUGUUCGGUGCGGUUUCGUCUCCCAGUUGUGCUAACUUUGCCAUGCGACGGAAUGCCGAAGAUCAUAGGCACGAGUUUUCCCCUGACGUGGUUAGUACUGUCUUGAAGAAUUUCUACGUUGACGACUGCCUGAAGUCCUUACCUUCAGCGGCUGUUGCAAUAAAGCAUGUGGAAGAACUUCGUCGGCUAAUGCUGAGGGGAGGUUUCAAUUUGACUAAAUGGAUCAGCAAUGACCGCGAAGUCUUGGAAUCCAUUCCUGUAGAAGCUAGAGCAAAGGAUGUUAAAGAUCUGGAUCUUGAUAACGACGCGCUUCCUGCAGAGAGAGCCCUAGGUGUAUCCUGGUUUGUCGAGAUAGAUUCAUUUGGUUUCAAAGUGAACAUUAAGGAGAAACCUUGUACCAGGCGUGGUAUCCUUUCCGUGGUGAGUUCAGUUUACGAUCCUCUCGGUAUGGCAGCGCCUUUCAUCCUUCCGGCAAAACUGCUCCUUCAGGAUCUGUGUAGAAAGAGUUUGGGUUGGGAUUAUGAGAUUCCCAGCGACUAUCUAUCUCGUUGGCGUGUGUGGCUAAAUGGUCUGACGAAAUCUUUUGUUGUUCACGCGAGUAAAGAUUCGAGUAUCGUUUCUAUCAUCCAACGGUUUUCUUCAUGGUUCAAAUUGUUGAAGUUUAUCGCGCUGUGUCUUCGCUGCCAGAGAAGAUUUGUGAUGAGGAGAAAAGUGUCAAAGGAGAAUUGUUUGGAUACUGCUGACGCAUCUGGAGCGAAAUUGGUGACAAAAGCAGAGCUGGAAGAAGCCGGAAAAGAGAUUAUCAAGUUCGAGCAGAAUCUCACCUUUGCAGAAGAAUUAGAAGCCGUUAAGGGAGGUAAAUGCGUCAAGGGGUCAAGUGCACUUGCAAGAUUAGAUCCGAUCUUGACCGAUGGUCUUCUUCGUGUUGGCGGGCGCCUUAGCAGGGCUACCCUAUCAGACGACUCUAAGCAUCAGAUUAUCAUUCCUAAAGAUUCUCAUCUAGCUCGUCUGCUUGUGAACCACUUUCACCAGAAAAGCGGCCAUUCUGGUAGAGAAUAUGUCCUGGCUCUGUUGCGCGAACGUUUCUGGUUGAUUCGUGCCAACUCUACUGUUAGAAGUGUGCUUUCAUCCUGCUUCGAUUGCAAACGACGACAAAGUCCCGUUGGAGAACAAAAGAUGGCAAAUCUGCCUCGGCCUCGAGUUACACCAGAUCAACCCCCCUUCACGUGCGUGGGGAUAGAUUAUUUUGGUCCCUUUCUUGUUCGUCAAAAGAGGAGCAUGGUCAAACGUUAUGGUGCAAUCUUCACUUGUUUGGCACUGCGAGCUGUUCAUCUGGAGGUGUGUCACUCACUGGACACUGACUCUUUUAUUCACGCACUCAGACGUUUUAUCACUCGUAGAGGUCAAGUUAAAGAAAUUCGCUCCGACAAUGGUUCAAAUUUCGUAGGAGGUGAAAGGGAGCUUCGUGCCAUGAUUGACAGCUGGAAUCAAGCUAAAAUUCAUGACGCCCUUCUGCAGAAAAGCAUCAAAUGGGUUUUUAACCCACCCGGAGCCUCGCAUCAUGGUGGUGUCUGGGAGAGGCUAAUUAGAUCUACACGCAAGGUUCUGGGUGCCCUGGUUAAAGAACAAAGUCUCGAUGAUGAGAGUCUUCAGACCUUGUUGUGUGAAUGUGAGAGCAUUAUCAAUGGAAGACCUCUGACCACAGUUUCUGACGAUCCAAAGGAUUUGGAACCACUAUCACCGAACCACCUUCUCCUGCUUCGCAGCGAGAUACCUCUUCCUCCAGGCUUGUUUUUAAAGAGCGACACAUACUCCAGGAGAAGAUGGCGGCAAGUACAAUAUUUGGCUGAUGUUUUCUGGGGUCGCUGGAAGAGAGAAUAUCUCCCUCUGCUACAGUCACGUCAGAAAUGGUUUCGACCAAAGAAAAACUUUGCCGUGGGGGACACUGUUAUCGUGGUUGACGAAACUUUGCCAAGGAAUGCGUGGGCAAUUGGUCGGAUUACAGAGGUUUUUCCUGACAAAUAUGGAUUUGUCCGCCGUGUCAAGGUUAAAACCAAGACAUCAACUUUGGAGCGCCCUAUCAGUAAACUAUGUCUUCUGGAAUCAAUUGAACAAGUGGAAGGAAAAAUUCAUUGACUUUCCUUAAUCGUAUGAUUACCAAGAUUGCGUGACUUUUCUUUGAGGAGAAAGAUUUAAAUUGACACUUUAUAGUACUUUGUUGACUCUGUUAGGCGUCUGAACAUUAAGUAAAAAUCGUCUAAGUUCAAUUAGCUCUGUAAAGUUUGCGCCUUUUAGUGUUUUGCUGGUAAAUACUUGGAUUUAGAUCUUCGUAUUUAAGGGGCCGGAAUGUAGGCGCAAGAAUUUGUACUAUUAUUUUUUGUUAGUGUUGGUGUUUCAUAGUUUCGUGUUAGGUGUUUAUUUUCUCGUCUUCCAUUAGUGUCCUUUGUCAGUUACCAGUUUUGUACUUGUUAUAUUUAUUUGCAUAUCGUAUAUAUAUUGGUUGCGCGUAAUUUAUUUGGUUAGUUGUCUAGUUUGUGAAAAUUACCGUUACAUAUCUAGCUCUGGGUUUCAUGUUUUCGUCUUUGGGUUGGUCACAUUCGUCUUGUAAGUAUCCUUGUUUAUCUCGCUUUGUCGUUUUCCAGUACUUUCACUCAUACGAUGUAAGUUAUUUUAUGCUCAUUCGCGUGUUUGUAAUUUUGUCAUUUUCAGUUACCGUAUUCAACAAUGUGUCAAGUUUGUUCUAGUAAAGUUUGAGAUACGAGUGAUUAGCGUUUGCGGCUAUAAAGAUUACGUCUGGUAAAGAUCUUUCCUCCCCCAUAAUUUGGCUUCAGUCGAUUCAUAUUUAGAUCACCUAUGAUUACAGUAGUUUGCUUUUGAAAACUCACCCACUGACAGAUGUUGUUCAUUUUCUCCUCGACUCUUCCUAUACAUGAAUUAUUUUCGUUCCCUGGUUUUUGCUCGGGUAGCCUGUAGAUUGAAAGAAAUAGCACAUUGUUCCUUCCUAUUUUAGAUUUGACCACGAUAGCCUCUAGGGUCUUGUAGGAAUGUAGUAGUGCCAGUUUUCUGGAGGCCAACAUUGUUGAGAAGUAUGCUAUCAGUCAACAACCACCUUUUUCCCUAUAUUUCCUGUAAAUGUGAUAUCCAGGGAGGUUAAAUUUGCUACUAGGAUAAGACUCAUCAAUUUCAGUCUCAGACAUGACUCGCACGUGUGCCUUAAGCGAGGAAUUCAGAAACAAAUUAGUGUACCUGAAUGGAAGCAAGCACCAGGCACAGGUCCAGUUUACAUUCAAGUAGUCUGAGUAAUAUCCCACUUUAGGUCCGUGGCAUGAAGCAUGCGACCAGACUUAACACUCAGCACACAACAAAGACUUUUGAUUUGUGUGAACAGUCUCUCUGCAUUCAUUGCAAGGAUGCUUUAGGGUUUUAAUCUUUGUAGGUCCUGGAUUUUUGAGUAUAUCUCUGCCAUAUCAAUCAUCUUCUGAAUAACAUAAUAUGAAAACUGAUCCUUCAUGAUGGUGUAAUUUGUCUGGAAGGAACAACCUAUUUUGAUUGAUAUUUGCUUUAAAUUUAGCCAUUUUCCUGAUAUUUGCAAAUGAAAAUUUUACCAGUGUCCUUUUAGAAAAAAGAUGAAUUUGACCCCAUGUUCAUAAUUAUUAUUCAACAUAAUUGUAUUUCUUAGCGCUUCUAAGAACUUUAGUAAAGGGCAGUGAUUUUAUUGAAACUUUGCAGGUCAAUUUGUUUUGCAGUAACUAUGAGUGGACUAAACAAUGUUCAGAUGAAAUCCUAAUUUUUUAAAACUUCCCUUAAACAAUUUUUCAUGCACGUUUAUUCCACUGGUCAGCUCUGUUCACAAAUGUUUUCUCCUUAGUGGGUUAGUACCUUUAUGGGUGCACCAUUAUGGUAUUAAUGAAAUAUCACAUGCCAUGAGAUAUGAAUUACAUUUUGCAUUCAUGUCACUUACCAGUCUCAUUGUUACAAUUUAUAGUUCAUUCCCAGAUGGAUGUUGAGGAACCUAACCAGAAUGUUGAACAAAAACAGUGUAAGUUUGCAUUUUAAGUUCCUAUAUUUUUUUCUGCAAAGAACUAAGUACAGCAUCUAUCCAGGGUAUUAACAAUGUUAUGUAAUUUCUAUAUCACAGUUUCCAUUCUAAAAGUUUCAUAAUCAAUGAAGUUAAACAUACAUUUAAGGCUCAGAAGAAAGAAUAUAGAUUUUUUUUGAUUAUAUGAACCAGGCAUUCAGGUGCUUGUUUACAGACAUGGUUGGCUGUGAAAUAAUUUUUCUUGAGACAUGUAACCCUGUGAUUUAAGUAAUGGUUAAUAGUUAUCAUUACAAGUGAUAGUAUUAUUCUUUUGACAUUGAAAAUGAUACUUUGUAAUGGUUUCUACUUUUUCUAGGGAUUUGUGAUAUCUGUCCUUCAUCAGGUCCUUUAGAGGUUAGUUUUGAUUGUUUUAUCUCCCUCUUGUUUCUAUGGUAUUAAAAAGUAAUCUGAGCUUUAUAGAAUGCACUCUGGGAGCUGGAAAGGAUUGUUUGUGGUACAUUGGCAUCAUACAAUGAAUUUGAAACAGCUCUCUGAUGUUAUGUAACACAAUUUUUUUUUUCACUACUGCCUAAGUAGUGCACAUUACUGCGAGGGUCACUUUCAUUCACGUCUUUAUCCGCAGUUCAAAUAUAUGACUUUCAUAUAUUCUUAACCAUUUAUAAUUUUUUGUGUGCAGGGUGGAGAGGAUUUCCGGAUAUCUUGGGAAAAAGAAAUUCUAGAGCACAUUCAAUCUGGAUAUGCCUAUUUUGGAAAGAAGGUGGUAGUUUUAACAAAGUUUAACAAGUCAACCUUGAAAGGGAUAAUUCCAGGUAACCAUCUGUAAUGUUAAGUUAUGAAUAUGACACAAAUUGUUUAUUUGCACAUCACAUUUUUACCUUGACUUCCCCUCUCUUGUAUGAUCCAAAUAAAAUGAGUGUCGGUUUGUGAAAGGGGAAAACGUUCCUUUUUCUUUGUGAAGAAGUUUUUGUAAGCUUUCAGAUAAAUUAUGAAUAUCAAAUUCAGAUUAGAUGAUCUAUGGUUUAUAUGAGUGAUCAACUGAUCCUUGCACAUUUACGUGAAUUGUUAUUAAGGGAUUAGUCAAAAGUGGAGCCUGGAAAAUAUCUAUGAGCUUUAUCUAGGUGUGAAAUCUUUUUUUCAGGCUUAUAAAUUUGUUCAAACUUCUAUCAAUUGAUAUUAUGAAUCGUGGUGUACUGGUCAGGAUCAGGUAUUUGUCACAUAUUUGAUGUCAUACAAGGUUAAAGCUGCUGUAACUAUUGAAACAGUUGUCUUCAAUCUCUAAAAUUUAGCUGCCCAAGAACCAGGUGUGGUCGAUGUGCGUGUGUUUUCAAACACUUAUGAACUUUUGGGUGAAACUAAGUUUAAGUAUGAAGACAUGAUAAAAAAAAUUGUCUCCGAAGCAAUGCAGCAUGGCCCAUAUGAGGUGUCUAAGCUGUUUGCUAAGAUGGCAGAAGAAGUGUGCAAUCAGAGCUCAUCCGCCAAGAAAAAUUCAGGUGAAUCUGACUAAAUUAUGUUACACUCAUUAUUAACAUAGGUACUUUGAAGGCUAUCAUUUCCAUAGUUAAGAAACAACCUCCUUGUUUUGAUUUGUUUACUGAUCUUAAGCAAUGAAGGAGUCCUACAAACAAUACACAGAUACAAUUAUUUUUAGCUCUAAUGGACUAAAUUAGCAGGCAAAGCCUGAGCAAUUUCCUAGUAGCGGGCUACAAUUGUAAAAAACAUUACACGAAAAUUUACGCAAACAAUUUUCCACGAGCAUGUUCAUAUCAACAAGACAACAAAGAUGGCUCCUUUCUGAGCCUAUCAGCAGUACUAAAGUACGGCAGUAAACUCUUCACAUUGCAAGUUGAGUUUAAUACAGCCGUGUUGGCUAAAAUGUGGUUGAUAAUGUAGCUUGGCCCUUAAAUUCAUUUUGGCUUUUCAACAGUCAUCUCUUGUACUUACAGUUUAAGUGAUUGUUUAAGUUUUGUUUAUUUAGGAUGAGAAUAGUAAAGAGAGGUCAUAUACAUUGUAGUAGUGUGCCUCAAUGUUCUGUACUCUCGAUAUGAAUUGAUAGGGCAAGCAACAGGUGCUCUGAAUGAUGGUUGUCAAGACAGAUCUUUACCAGGGGAGAAUACUGUCAUGGAUGACGAGUAUGAAGACCUGGCGCAACACUUCCAAGAUAUAGUGAAAUGGUAGAUCCAUUAAAUUGUAUUCAGAGAUCAGUGUUUCAGAGUCAACAUUACUUUGGUCUCUAUAGAAAAGCAUAGUUUUUUUUACCUUUGCCUAUUGAUACACAAGUCAGGGCGCGAAAUUGCGCCUAAUACAGGCGCUAAUGCAACUAAAUUUUUCACUUUGGCGACCAAAUCCUGAAAAAAGAUUUGAAAAGAUAAAUCCGCGGCAAACUUCCUCGUUAAGUUUGUUUCCAAAACGCAGCACAUGCAUAUUGGUCGAUAACUAGACGCCACCUUGGAUUUAGGUGAGCUUGAAAGUUGUAUAUCAUCCAUACUAGUGUCCACUUUAUAGCACUUUAACUGUCUCUUUCCUACAUCUAACUUAAUUUUGGAGGGUCUAUCUAGUACGCUGACAGCGUAAAAAAAGGUUUUGUUUGUCUUAAAAAAUGGCGACCAAUUUUUUUUGAAUUGGCUACCACUUUAAAAAAUUCAGGAGCCACAUGGCUAUCAGAAAAAAAAAAUUUCACGCCCAGCAAGUAUGUUACAAAAUUUGAAAGUUCUGCUUUUAAAAAGAAAGCUAGACAUACAGACAGACAGUUACACAGUGGUGAGGAUAAAUAACUUAAAAUAGCCCUGGAUUUCCCUAAUCAGCACCACAUUCCACUCCAGCGCCAUGCAAGCUUCAUGUUUGAUUACAUACAUUGUAUAUUUGCUAAUAUUGAGGUAUUUACAGGUUGUCAGAGCAAAGCUUCCACCCAGUUCAUUCCAAUACAGAUACGUGGUUGAAACUUUCAAAUGUUGUUGAUGGGCUGUGCAGAAAAUUGGGUUAGUUGAAAUGAUUUUAAAUGAACAGUUGAUGCUCUUUUUGUAGUCCAAGAACUCUACCUAUUUGUGAUCUUUUGUGGUUACUCAAUGCCUGUCCUUCCUUGGAUGCAACACUAUUUCUUAGUUAUUGAUAAUUAUGAAGUUGAUUUGAUCUGAAUUUUUCUACACCUUAUUCCUGUUACCUCUUCAUGAUAAUUUCAAAACGAGUAACGCUUUUGCUAUUUUGUGGGACUUAAGGGCUCACUAAGCCCACUCAUUGAUGUUAUUUAUUCUUUAUUACAGCUUGCUUUGAGAAUUUUAAGGGCAAUCAACAGACAUGCCCUCAAGAAGGGGAAGAAAACUACUUCGCUGAUACUGAGAAUUCUCCAUGUAGGCUGUCUGAAGAUGAUAGCAUUUCACUGUCUGAUCCAGGUAACUGGAGUGAAACUCCCAAUGGUUGGUGAUUUUUGUUUUCAUUUGAUAGAUUCCCCCGUUUAAUAAUUUAUCCAGUUGUCUUAAAGAAAAAAAAUUGCUCUUGAGACCCGGAAAAGGGAUAUGUGUCACUAUGAGGGUUUAUAUAAACACUUUGUUAAAAUGUAAUCCGUAAACGUUUUCAAACAAACAUUUCAUUUCAGCUUUGAUGGUUAGAGACAAAUUAUUGUUUGAAAGACAUAUGCUGCCUUUGUUAGGAUUGUUGAUCUCCAUAAUUUCAGCCUAUUAGCUGAAAUAAGGUGUUCCCUGCUGGUUUUAUUUAAAAGCAGAUCAGGGUUUUUUGUUAGCGUAACAAUAUAACUUUGGCAGAAGCACAUGAUAGUGUUUUACAUAAUAAUAAUAGGACGGAGUGGAGUCCAAUUCGGUAUGUAAUCAUACGAGUAAUUAAUAAAAUUGGACGACCGUGAAGCGGGAGUCCAAUUUGUUAAUCACGAUUUUUUAAUCACUGGUGAUGAACAAAUCGGACUCCGGCUUCGCGGUCGUCCCAUUUUGUUAGUCACUUGUAUGAUUACGGACAGAAUUGGACGACACAAACUCCAAAAUAAAUCAAAAUUUUGACAAAAUUUGAAGAAAAAACUAGACAUUGGCCAUACGUUUUCAGAACAACAACAACAACAACAAUUAACUCGGCGAAAUGCGAGAAAAAAGCAUGCGCACAUGACGCGUUUUGUCCACUUACACAGGCAUGAAGUGUCAACUGUCCCUUUAGCUGUCCUAUUACACUGUUCAACUAGAAGCAUGACGUGUACACUGUCCUACAUAGUGCUCUAUUUGGGUGGUGAUAACCAAUGACAUUCGAGAAUUUUGUUAUAGUUUUGAUUAAUCAUGUAAUAAAGCGUUAAAAGUAUUGUAUGAAAACGUACAUUGCAGAGUUUUUCAUUGGGUAAUUAAGUAAGCGCAGAAAAUGCACAUGGCAACGAUUUGCAAUGUGUAAUAAUCAGGUAACAAGGUAAUAGCGCGCAUUGCAGUGUUUAACAUCGUGUAUUAAUAGGUAAUGAAGUUGUGUUCUUGAGUUUAUAGCUUGAAACUUCAGUUGAUAUUGACCCUAAAUUGUGAGAGGAAAAUUUGAUCUUUCAUUUAUCAUGUAAAGUGUUGCAGCGUUGCCUGAACUCUUAUUCCUCUCUAAAGAGAGAUAGAGGUAGAGAUAUAGCACCACAAUAUUGAGUCUGUUUUUGAGCAUUUGUGGUGAAAUGGUAAAGUGAGAGAACACCAUUUCCCUCUAAGAAGCGAGUAUCCAAGUGUUCUUACUGUUUUCCUUCUUAUCUGUUAGAAUUGCCAUCCAAGUCAGGAGAUGAUGUAGAGGAAACUUGGAAGACAAGCACUGCCCCAGACGAUUGCCCAGAAAAGAGUUUUUCACCUCCUCUGGAAGAUAAACCAAGUGACACUACCGGGGAAGUGAAAGAUAAUAAAGAAGAGGGUCUAUGUCCAGAAGUUGUUAAAGCUGCAGAAAGUAUGGUUAGAGGGCAUCAAUUUCAUCCAAACAACCCAAUAGCUGGUCAAGCCAAUGUUGUGUAUCGAGAUGGGCAGAACGUCUUGGAAAACAGGAGUUUGUCUUGUGCUGGGUUUUCAACAUCAUUACUUGAUGCAAGUCGCCUAGAAACUGCGGGCCAAUUUCAUCAAGUCAUUCCAUCUGAUGCAUAUGGUAUGGAUGAAGAGAAAAAAAAUGGCUCAGUGUUAAAGAUUGAAACAGAUCCUAGUCUAAACUCCGAUGGUGUCAGUGCAAGUGGUUUACCAGCAGUGACUUCAAGGUCUUCCUGGGUUCUCUAUUCUGAAGAAAGAACCUCCCAUACUCUGUCAGCAUCACGUGAUGAUACCCCAGUGCCUUGUCGUGAUGUCCCUGCCCUAAAUGUAGAGAAUGGAGAAAGUCAGUACCAGGAUGAUGCACUUUUUAAACCACCUUACACAAAUGCUAUACCAAAACCUUCAGAAUCAAUCCUUUCUGUAACUUCAAACCAGCAAUCAACAACACAUCCUGGACCAAUUACUAAAGAGGCAGCUCAAUCUCCCCUAAGCAACCCUAUGUGGAAUAGAGACAGGAAAUUAAACAUGGCCCCUCUACAGUGUAGUGAUGAGGAAAUACACUCAGGUCAGGAAUGGGAAGAAUCAGGUAAAUAUUCUGAUGCAAAUGAGAGUACAGUUAUUUUUAUCUCUCCUUGCCGGAAAAAAUUCGUUUAUAUGCAGAUAAAAAUAAUUAUUCAGUGUUGAAAAAUUCCUUUUGUAGGCCUUAAACCGAAUUUUUUCACAUUCAUUUCAAGAAUUGGUUACACAAAAAUAGCAGAGUGUUAUGGAACUACAGAUUAUGGUUAGGAAUUAUGUGUUCAUAGUCAAUUGUACAUUUAUUUCUAAUUGAUAUCAAUCUGGGGUUAUAUUGGUAGAGAUUUGGUUUUAAACUCUAUUUUAAGUUAUCAGAAACUUGUUUGAAGAAAUACCAGUAGUAAGAGCUGUGGCAUUAAAUCAAAGAAGUGCAAUAAUUGAGAAAAGUGGUGUAUUUUUUAUUGGCUCACUUUCAAACCUAGUCAGUGCAGCUUCCAUGUCCUCCAAAUACAAUCCCCUCCAUUUAUAAGCCAUCCCUUAACUUCCCAGAAAGUUGGAUCUAAGACUAGGAUUAUUCUAAAGCUGGAAAAUCUUGAGAACCUGUUCCGUAAUUAAAACCAACUCAGUAUCUGCAUAAUGUCAUUAACAAGGAAACUUACGUGAGCCAUGGUAUUUUGCCAGCAAUUAUUGAAGUGGAAGGUCUCGCCAGUUGGUUUGAUCUUUGUGGGAAUGAAGAUGCUGGAAAGGAUGAGCAUUCAAGAUGGGAAAUGUCAUCUAUGGAACCAAAUAAGACUGAUGGAGGUGUGGAGAGAGAUGUCUUUGAUUCAGAGGAAGGUUUAAGCCAAGGACAGAGGCUCUUUUCUGAACAAGGGAACUCGCAUAUUCACCUAUCAUUACCAGAUGAUGCCUCUGUUCAGAGUCGUCGUCCUGAAGUAGAGAAUGAAAAGAGCCAGGUGUGUUUGUUAUGUAUAGUUUUUUCCCAGAAUUUGGAAGUUAGAUCCUUGAGGGCAACUCUUAAUUGUUCAUUUGCAGAACUUUACACAAUGUUUCACAACGUGAGGUGAAUGCAUGUAUAAACUAGCUAACGACUGUAUACAGGUGAUUUUUUAAUCAGUUAGGAAGGAUUUCAAACUGUGAACUUUAAUCUUUGCGAGAGGUCAGUCUUCUUUCAUUAUUGUACCAUUAGCUUCUAAGCGAAAACAUGUUUCCUUUCUUUUGAGAUUUUUUACCUUUGGGUAAUAUAACCUGUAUGGUCAAAAAUCCUUGGUACUAAUUUAUUUCAAAACAUUUUAGCUGAUGUUUUUCAUGCAAGAUGGCAAUCUUGAAAACAGUGCCUGAACACGAAUAGCAACAAAGUUCAUCAAAAUGGCAGCCACAUUCACAUUGCUAGUUUUAAUCUUAAUUGUUGAAUAAAAGAAAAGUCGAGCCCAAAUCUUUCUCAAUCUAUUUACACACACACUACGUUGCUGAUCUAAGCAGUUUUUAUUGACACGCAUUCACUGUAUGACCUUAGUUUAUACAGGAUAAGUUCACCAAUGCGUUCUCUGUAGUAGAGUGGCAGAGAGUCAGUUGACCACGAUACCGUAAUGCCUGAGAUUUCAUUCCUCAUGGGUAAAACACAAUUUUAGUUUUUUUCUGACUGCAAGCAGUCCCAACUUUUUGCCGAAGUCCGUCUCACGAGUUAAAAAAAAAUCUGAACUGUGAAUGAACACUUAGAUUUAGCAUUGCAAAAACUACUUUGAGUUCAGUUUUUAUUUUUCAGCUCUAAUUCCUAUCACGUUUAAAAUUUGGGAAUGGAGGUAUCGUUAACUCUAAAGCUAAUUUUGUCGCUUAAAAGUAAUAUGUUUGUUUUUAUACGAAUCGAGUAUUACAUAGGUUAUUUAGUUUUUAUGUACAUAUUUUAAGCGCCAAAUGGUGUACUUCAACUGGACAGAAAUAAAAAACUCGCGGCCUAACUGGACGGGAUGGAUAAAAAGACAGGCAAACCUGAUCAGAAAAUAUUUGAAGACCAUAGCUUUGUUCAGAGAAGGGCUAAAUUUGUUAAGAAGUGCAUAACUUGUGAAUUCCUUGAUUUUUAGAUGCGUGCAACAAAUUUACCACGAUUAAAUCGUUGCUUACUGGACUUUACUGUCAGAUAAUUACGUAGUAAUGUGUUAAAAAAAUUGUGAAAGAGAAGGAUCUGUAACAAAUUCUUCUAUUCAACAGUACUUUCAGGAAAAGAACACUUAUAUUUCGAAUGAUAUUUACCGUUGAAAAUUGUUCCCAAUUCAGGUUUCAUUUUCCAGCCAUUAUUCUUAUCACGUUUAAUAAUCAAACUAUCGUUGAUUCCAAAACUAAUUUUGUCGCUUGAAAAGUUAGAUGCGUAUUAUUUCCGAAACGAAUAUUAUUUAAGUUAUAUAGUUUUCCUUUAAAUUUAAAAGCUCUAACAACGUCUCUCGAUCGGACCGGAACUGAAAACUGUCUUAAAAGGUUUGAAACUCGUGGUUAAGCAGGAAGGGACAGAAGCCAUGUCUGUGGUGGGGGGGGGUCACUGUGUUGUUCCAUUCUUAGUGCCCCUUCUUACCAUUAAAUUGAAUUAUUAUCAUAUGCUUAACUGUUGUACAAGGUAAUACUACUUCGGAACUUAUGCUUAAAACACAUUUGAAGAGUAUAGUCGUCAGAAAAGCAGACUCAACCAUUUACUACAGAACGAAUUUAAAGGAUCCUCGCAGCUAAGAACACUACUGAACUAGUAGUUGAAAAUAGGACCUGAAAAAAAUUCAGGUUCGUAGGGGAUUUGAACCCAUGACCUCUGCGAUACCGGUGCAGCGUAGAGUUGGGAGAGCGCUGCACCGAUAUUUACUACAGUACUUUCUCACUGUUUUUCUUUUCUAUAUUUUGAAGGACACUUCACUUUUUACGGCUGCAAGAAAUGGUCAGACUGAUAUUGUAAGGGUGCUCAUAGAAAACGGAGCUGAUGUCAACAAAGUAUGGGUACUUUAGAAGGAUAAAUUCUAUAUGUUAUAGCGAGUAAAGUCAGAGUCUGAGAGUAGGAGUUUAAAUUUCAUUUAAAUUUGUAGCAGAAUGUAGUCGUCUUUAAAGCAGAUUCAACCAUAUAUCCUUAGGUUGGUCAUUAAAGAAGAGAAAAUGCGGUUUAUAUAUUACUAUACUUUCUCAUUGUUUUUCCUUUCUAUAUUUUAAAGGACACUCCACUCUCUGAGGCUACAAGAAAUGGUCACACUGAUAUUGUAAGGUUGCUCAUAGAGAACGGAGCUGAUGUCAACAAGGGAAGAAGGGUAUGUUAGAAGGAUAAAUUGUAUAUUUUAUAAAGAGUAAAGUCAGAGUCUGAGAGUAAGAGUUUAAAUUUCAUUUAAAUUUGUAGCACAAUGUAGUCGUAUUAAAAGCAGAUUUAACCAUAUCUCCUUAGAGUGGUCAUUAAAGAAGAGAAAAUGUGGUUUAUAUAUUACUACACUUAUUCUGUGUGUUUCUUUUCUAUGUUUUGAAGGGCACUCCACUCUCUGGGGCUGCAAGAAAUGGUCAGACUGAUAUUGUAAGGGUGCUCAUAGAAAACGGAGCUGAUGUCAACAAAGUAUGGGUACUUUAGAAGGAUAAAUUUUAUAUGUUAUAAAGAGUAAAGUCAGAGUCUGAGAGUAAAAGUUUAAAUUUCAUUUAAAUUUGUCGCAGAAUGUAGUCGUCUUAAAAGCAGAUUCAACCAUAUAUCCUUAGGGUGGUCAUUAAAGAAGAGAAAAUGCGGUUUAUAUAUUUCUAUACUUUCUCAUUGUUUUUCUUUUCUAUAUUUUGAAGGACACUCCACUCUCUGAGGCUACAACGAAUGGUCACACUGAUAUUGUAAGGUUGCUCAUAGAAAACGGAGCUGAUGUCAACGAAGAGGAACAGGUACGUUAGAAGUUAAGUUAUAUAUGUUAUAAAGAGUAAAGUCAGAGUCUGAGGGUAAGAGUUUAAAUUUCUUCUUUAAAGCAGAUUCAACCAUAUAUCCUUAGGGUGGUCAUUAAAGAAGAUGCUCACGUCACGAGGGCGAGUCCACAUCUUCUUGCCUCAACACCUUUCGAAAACAUGUACUCAGUCAAAGAUAGAAAAAUAAAAAUUGGUUUGAAUAAAAAUUAAGAUAAGUUGAACCCCGAUAACUCGAGUCCUCGGUAACUCGAUUUCCAUACUAACUCGAAGCAAAACUGAUUUCCCUUAGAUUUGCUUCAUACAUUUAAUGUAAUUUUAACCCCUAUAACUCAAAACCCCGUCAACUUAAAACCCCGCUUACUCGUAGCGAUUUUUACUUUCCUUCAGGUACUUUUCUUUGAAAAUUUACCCUCGAUAACUCGAAGUAGAUUUUAAUUUUUGCAGACUAAUGAGAAAUAACAUUUUGCAACGGAAAACUAUUCUUCAAAUAAAUCAUGUGAAUAGAUUUUUCAAAAAAUGUUAAAAUGAGAUUAAGCGCUAUAAACAUUCUGAAGAGCAUGUACUUUUUUGUGGUUUUCAUGCUUUUUUUUGUUUUGUUUUGUCGUUAUUAUUCUCUUACAUUUCUAGAAAUCUUCCAGUGAAACUUGUAUAAGCAUAAAACCUCUUUAAUCAAGUGUUUCUGGUCUUUUUGUUCAAAGCCCGUAUAACUCGAAGUAAUUUCAAUUUCUCAUGGCAAUUCGAGGUACUGGGUUUAGCCGUAACUAAUUCGUAUAGAUAACAUGAAAGAGUAAAUUAAAUAGAAAUUAAAUAAUAACAAAAAAACAAACAAGCAAAAAAAAAAAAAGGAAGAAAAACAUAGAAGAGAGUUGUCAAACAAAGGUCAAACAAGAAAACUUUCAACAGCUGGACAUUUUUUGCUUUUAAUUGACUGCCCAUAAAAUGCUGACAGAUUUCAAUGUGGCAUUAGGCUUGGUCCAUAAAAUUGGCCAAAACAAAAAGACAAAAGAAACUCAGCCCUUACAUUCCUACAUUUUAAUUUGACUCGAUGUAUUCUACUAUUUAAGUUUUUUAGCUUUCUUUGCAGCCUAGCAAAGAUCCAUUGGAAGCAAUUUAGAUCCAUCAUUUUUGUCAUUCGAUCGGAGGCCUUUUUAUGUUAUCUUUGGAGAUUUGUGAGCGUGCCAAUACAGUGGACGGUGGAAAUCAUUAUGUUAAUACAAAGCCGCAAGGCUUGGUAAGAAGUUGUACAACAACAAUCCGUCCCAGAGACUUCAUCCAGUAGCAUUAGAUUCUGAUGAUAUAAAUUAAUGAAUGGACAAAUAAAUGAGGGAAUGAAUGAAUUAAUUAAUGCAUCGAUUAUUUAAUCGAAAAUUCCCAACCAAAAGGUUUAUCAGCUUCAUAAUUUUCACUUCUGACUAACGAAGCUGCUUGAAUUAGGGCAGCCUAUCUUGGGACAGCCCACCUGUUGUCUUUAGAAAAAAAAACGAAAUGAUGCUCAUUUCAUCUCAUCAGUCAACUGCUGAGGGAUUUGUAGCCAAACAACCCGUCGGUUAAAUGACAGAAAUAUUUUAGUGUUCAUCUUUAUACAUCCUAUACUCUCAAUGUUGGCUCGGCUCUCAUAAAGUUUGGCGAGAGCUAUUCAAUUUGAAUAAAUCCCCUUUCUCUCCUUAACCCUAAGGAUAUCUAAAAGACAUUGAUUAAAUAUGAUUGGGGGACCUAAGGUAAAUUUGACUUGGAAAGCAUAAUGAUACAAUUUUGUCCAAUUAUAAAAAAAAAACAUAAAUAUGUCUAACCUUUCGAACAGUUCAUCUUCAGAGUGUUCUUGAACUUCUUCUCAGUUGGGUUGUUGAUCUUGGCAUCACUUUUCUGUAAAAUGAAGUAAGGAGAUUUGAUAAAUCGCCUAUCCUAAUAUUAGCUAUUAUAUUAGCUGACAUUUGUUGUUGUAAAACUUAUUCCUUAUCAGUUUUUCUCCCUAUUUUUUAAUUAUUUUUUUCCUUGUUUUGUCUUUGUUUUUGUUUUGUUUUCUAAUCACCGUUCUUCCAAACGAGUUGUUUUCGAUUGCAAGUAAACUAGUAGAUAACUUAAUCUCACUUUUUGAGAUCGAUCUUUCAGCAAUUUCUCAGGUCUUCUCAUGCUGCCGUUAUCUAGCUAGUAAUUUCUACUUUGGCUACUUCUUUGUAAAUUGCUUCGUAAAGUCGAUAGCAUUACGAUAGCCGUGAGGAUACAACAUAGAUUAAGUAAAGAUUAUGAUGAGUUUAUUUACCUGUUGGAAAAAGGCCACAAUCUCGUUGCCAGCAGUGUCGUUUUCGUGUGUUGCUGUCAUUUUACAGAAGAACUGCUGUUUUUUUAUAUCAACGUGACUCACAGAAAACUCACAACAGGGAAAAUCUGUCGCAUUUUCUUGGUAAUUCCAGGCACUUCUUGAAGCUAUCGCCUACGGAAUUAUAUGAAAGUUGAAAAUCUUGGGAUCAAAACCCUAAAAUUAUUGCGUUGGCAGGCUCUAUCUACUGCUUAAAUACGUGUUUUACCAUCAAAACUAAAUCUUUCUAGUGUCAGUUAUCCCUAAAAGUCAUACUAUCUAACAACACACCCUCCCUCUCUAGAGUAACUUACUUUCAUAUUUUCCCCUGAGAUGUGCCACCCCGAUGCCACGGCAGAAACUUCUAUGCUGAUAUCCUGCUCACUGUUGGAUACAAACAAGCUGGACAGUGUUGUCAAAAAUUUCAUUUCUGCAUCUUCUCUUUCCUUGCAAAUCUGCUGUAAAAUUGAAUAAAAGGGAAAAGGUGAACAGACUUUACCGACAACGUAAACAAAAAAACAAACAAACAAGUCAAACAAAGAUGUACAAAAAAAAUUAAAACAACUUAUUCGAGCAAAGAGCAAACUAACUUAGGAGAAAAAUGACAGAAAAAUUCAAAAGAGUGAUUCAAGAAGAGGAUGAAAUAUUUCAGUAGGAUCAUUGAGGCAAUAAUCUUUCUUUUCUUCUUUAGUUUUUCUUCUUUUUUUCUUUUGACUUAACCUUUAUUCCUAUAGAAAAAAAAUUGGUGGAAUACAGAUCAGGAGUAAAUGUGUUACCUUGAACGGAAUCAUCUAUCAGAUAAACUCUGAUACGCCACUCACAGGCUUUGGUUGGCUCCUUCCCAAAGAUCGCCAUUUGCAUUCACUUCUGGUCAUCUUUUCCUGGAGUUCCAAAGGCUGCCACUUCGAGACUUUCUCUUAGCACUGGCAACGUCAGCCGGAUGUCGUUAUGUUUUGUCUCCACCUUAGCAUCAGGAUACACUUCUUGAAUAUUUUGCCACUUUUUCUUUUUCUUACUUUGAUUUGAAUGUGGCCAGCAUUCAACAGAAGUAACCCAGGUGUUUCCCUUCACCAUCAAACAGCAGUGUUCCAGCAAAAUGGGCUUCGGAGGAACGGGCCCAUUUUGAUAUAUCACGUAACGGCUAGUGACCAUCACAGCUGUUAGAGAUUAAGAUAUAAUAUCAGUUUAAAAAAAACAACUAAAACAACCUUAGAGAAAAAAAGAAGGAGAUGCAUGAUAAACUAGAUUUUAAAAUGGCCAGAUGAACAAGUAAAGAGAUGAAUCUAUAGGUAGAUUGAUGGAUUGAUGGUUGAUAAGAUGGAUAGAUAUAUAGAUAGAUUGUUUGCUUGAUGAUAAUGAUAACGAUGAUGACAGUGACGAUGAUAGUAAUGAUGGCAGUGAUAAUGAUAACGAUGGUGACAAUGAUGAUAACAACGACUGCAAAUAUAUGAAAAUCAUAUAUGUGCACUGCGGUUGAAUAAACGGAUAUAGAAUCGAUCCUUGCAGUUAUGAAUACUACUAAACUAGUGGUGAAAAUAAGGCCUGAAAAAUGUUCAGGUCCGCACGAGCUCUAAACCCAUGACCUCUGCGAUACCGAUACAAAUAAAUGAUGAUAACGAUAACGAUAACGAUGAUGACCGUGACGAUAAUAGUAAUGAUGGCAGUGAUAGUGAUAACGAUGAAGAUGGUGACGGUUGAGGCUAUAAUGAGAAUGAUGAUGAGUCUACAAAUGUGCUUCAGAUCAGUCCUCACAUAGAAUGACACUCCAGUGACAGAAAUGUCACUAAUGAACCAAAGUAAAUUCGAGCUCAUCCAGCAUUCUUGGAAAAGUUGGAAAAAAGUUGGAAAAAAAAUCAAACAAAUGAGCGAACGAAAAAAACAACAAAAAAACGCCUUGUACUGCGUCAGAGGAAAGGUUAAAAUCAUUUCAUGUGUUAAGAGCUACAGAUAAAUUGCAAAUAACUCCUUCUAUAUUUUCAAUAUAAUUUCAAUGUGUUAGCAUAUAAGAGCAGCCGCGAUGAAGAUACCGAAGAUGAAAAUGUAUACUAAUUUGAAUUUCGGGCGAUACAUCGGUACCUUUUGAUGUGUGCAGCAUUUUCUGUUAUUUGCAAGGUACGAUCUGAUUUUUGUAGGAGUCGGUGUCUGUAGAUUAAUGAAUCAGUUGAUAAUAUGUGCAUUGUCUUACCUGGACGCAUUCUUGCUGCUGGGCUGGAUUUUUGCUUUCUCUUGGGCUUUACAUGAUUUCAACACCACGAACAUCUCUUUCUCCCUUUGCGCUGCUUGAUUCGUGCCAACUGGGUGGAUUUUGACCGGUACUUGUCGCCAAUAUGUAACCCAAACAGGAAAGUGAAAGCGUAAAGGGGCUUUUUCCCUAAUUAGUAAAACAUUUAAUACACAAAGUAUGUUUUAGCUAAGCCAAUGAUGGAAACUAGAAUAGAUGGGCAUUUAACGCUGCCAAGAUUGCUUAUUGAAGUCGCCUUCGAUUUCCAUUUGAGCUGUGAAGUUACAUUAAAAUAGAAAUAAAGGCAAAUGUCUUCAUAACAAAUGAAAACUGAGACCACUUGUUAAACAUAAUAAAAGCACGUCAUCAACCGCCAUGCAGUCGCCGUCUGUAGAGGUUAAAAAAAUAAUCAAAAGACAAAACUGAAGUUUUCAUAAGAUUUUAUAUUCCCUUACUAAAUUUUUCUCCUAUGUUCUGCUGCAAAUAGCGAAUCUGGCGAAAGCACCAAAAUAAGGUAUAUGAUUUGAAACAAGUCGUACAGUAAUUAAUCGAAAACAAAACAAAACAAAAAAAAACAAGGCCGGGGUUUUUCCCUCGUCGAAAACAAAAAUUUGCAAUGAAGCACAUUUUUGUCGCAUAGAAAAUCAUUCAACCCUGAUUAAAACACUUUCACGAGACCAGAUAAACAAAAAUCCAGAAACACUUAGGAAAGCGGCCAUCGGGUUUCCAAGAUAAGCUCUUUCGCUGAAGCCCCAGUCUCUAGGCUAUUGAAUAUCUGAGAAGAAAACAGGGAAAUCCUUUACAAUAACUAAGUCUGAGCAAAAAGUUUUCUUUAAUUUUUUUGACGGCGUCUCAAUAAAGGUUGUUGAUUUUUGAUGUGCAAGCAUUUUUGAAGUCGAAAGUGCCAAGGGGAAUCCCUUAAUUCAUCACAUGUUUGGCUUGUGAGCACUCGGUACCCACACAUACGCAGCACCACGUUUUGUUUAGAAACUAACUUUCCUUGAAUCAAGAAUUGUCUAUGCUAAACAGGGGUGCCUAACAGUUAGUGAAUUGUAAUAUUGGACAAUAGCUUUACGACAGGAAAACACUGAUGUGAUAUUUAUUGUUAUGUUAUGUCCGCUAUUGAAUAUAUUUUGUGAACUUCUUACCUUUUUUUUUUUUUUUUUUUUUUUAUAAGGCUGCAAUUUACACCAAAAAAGAAAGUAAAGUAACCGUGUUGUGCUCUAUCGGCCCUACCAUGUCUGAUAACGUUCCUUUACGCAUCCAAGAGUCAUGCGUCGAUUAUUACAUGGUAGAUAUUUUCAGCUGUGUGCGAGAAGCGAAAAAGGUGGGAUCAAGAUUACGGCACCAACUGGUCAUGUACGUCACCAGGGCUUCGGAGGAUUCUGGUCGGUUAAAUAUUCUCCGGGUAUGUGUCGGUCGGCCAGUCGGCCGUUCAGUCAGUCUUACUAGCACUGUUUUAGUAUAUGUUAUUAUAUACUAAAACAGUGGAUAGCGUAGAAGUCACCCUCUAAUUGGUUACAGAAACACCGAAUAUCCUUUAUAAUUUAUCUUCGAGCAACUCACGCAAGAUUUGCACCCGAAAAAAAUAUUGUAAUCGCUGCAGGAGUAAAUGAGUUAAAACCAAAAUUUUGGACAUGUUAUCCCAUUUUUUUAUUACAUGCUGAAAAUGCUAUUCACCUCAGUGUCGGUAGCUAACGUAGAUAUUUACCUCACCACCUCGUGGCUCGGUCAAUAUUCACCACGAGCCACCUCCACUUUGGUGAACAGUUGUUAACUAUCAUUUAGACAGUCGCUGGUAAUUACGGAAAUUAGUUACUACGUCAGACAGUCAGUUAUAAAAUCAGUCAAACCUGAUCUAACCAGUAGUCAGAUGGUACAAUCAUAUUUGAGAAGUAUGCUUGGUUCUUAAUACUCAAGAAGCCUUAAUAUAUGUGAAGAUAAAGUGUUAACUUGUAGUAAUGAAGAUCACGAAAAAAGUAUUUGUCUGUGUUUAUAAUAGACGUCGUGUACAACUCUGAAAUGAUUAUGAACUUUGCAUAGGAGGUGCACCGUGGUCAAAAUACGAAGGAGCUAUACACAAACAGUUUCCGAUGGGAGAGGGGAAAAGGAAAGAUACUCAUUGCACUGUUCAUCAUUGGAGAUUUUGAAUUUUCCAAGCAGGUAAAGAAUAGGAUGCAGAUCUAUAACUAGUUCCACCAACUGAAUUGCUUGAUGGCCUCAUCUAAAAAUUUAAGCCUUAAAGACAGUUUGGAUUUUUCGCUUUGGCAAUUGUCUGCUAAAAAAGGAAUUCUACAUUGGUUGAAACAAACCUAAGAGAGAACGACGAUUUUGCUAGUUAGCUUUAUAUUAGAUCAUCAAAGUGUAAAGUAGUCCACCAUGCGUUAUUUUCUAGGUCGAAAGGAGGAAGAUUGACCAGAUGAGGCUGGCAGAGAAAGUCACGUGCAUCCUACCAAUUUGUGACGCCUCUAUCGUGAAAAUUGAAGGAAAACUGUUGAGUGAAAAUGGAGAUAUGAUCCUGGAGAUGAGAGAGUUAGACGUAGACCUUUUAACAGUGAGUUACCAUUAUUGAAAUCGAUUUUUUUCGAGAAUUUCUCAGAUAACAACCCUUAUGUAUGUUAAUGUAUGUUAACCUCAGAAAGUCCAAUUUUACUUUUCACCUCCGCUCGUUAUCAAGAUGCUGUCUGGUAAAUUUUAAUGGUAAAAUAUUUCUUAAGAAUACCCGCAUGAAGACAUCAAUAAAGUAGCAGAUGUUCCAGGAAUAUAGAGUGAAGCAAGGCUAGAGGAUUGAGACUCAACAAUUAACGUAAUCGUGCAUUUUUUUAAAAAAAAAACCUCUAGAUGACUAUCAAUGUACUCCUUGUAAAUGAGUGUGUACGAUUUUAAAUAAAAUAAAAAAUAAAAUAAAUCUCAUUUGUUACUGAGGCUUUUCACUAGGUGUUGUGACUGUGUGUAAUUUCUAGUCCUGCCAACAACGCAAAAAGUAAAUUAUUUGAAAUUUACUUUGCUUUAGAUGAGAGGCGGGGAAACACGAUGUGGUGUUGAGCACGAGCUAGUUGAGCAAGAUAUAGCAAUCGGAAUUCAGGUUUAACCAGUUUAUAGUAAGUUUCCUUUUUUUUCUUUUAAUUUUGUAAAGUGGCGUAAAUAGAGUAUUUUAUUUCAUUUUAUCUUUGUGCCGCCUAAAGGGAAACUUCAGACACUGCAUUUUUUUACGAGAGAACUCCUUCUAAUGUUGUGUUAUUUUGUUAUGCUGUCAUUUUAUUAUAUUUUUCUUUUCACUUUAACUUUCUUCUCACCAUAAUUACUAAGUCUCACAGUUUUUUUGCUUGUUUUUUUGGGGGCUGCUAUCUGUAUGUUAAGAAUCUUGAGUACAGGUUGGAGGUGAAAGAGAAAGUGUCUGGUAUGCAAACAGCUUGUUUUAAUGUAAUUAGUUUUUUUUAAAAGCUAUGAUAAAAAUGUCAACGAAUGACUACCAAAUUGACAUGAUUUAUCUGGCGUUCUGUGAAAGGAAAACGGUGCAUAUUUAGUUUGAACAUUGCUGUGAAACGAAAUUUAAGGAUCUCUGAGUCGGUAGGGCAGUGAGCUAUAAAAAGGGUUAAUGAAAGGAUCUAUAGCUAGAGAGACAUUUAUUUUUCUCACUGCUAGGUUAUAUAUUGUGCUUGUAUCUAAUCUAAUUAGGGUUGAAGGCGUCACAGGUAUGUAGCGUUAAGGAAUUCUUCUUUUUGUGGUAUAAUAUUGGGUUCUGAUUAAUUUUUUGUUUUGUUUGGAAUAGAAAGGAACAACCGUGGAUUUACAAGUCGCGUCAGAGUUGUUUGUGGUACAGCUGUGCUAUGGCUUUUAAAAAAUUACUUUUACUACGUAACUAGAAAAGGUGCCAUGUUACAAUUUUUCUGAGGAAAACAAAUGCGUAAAACUACAAGCACAAUAAGAUUUCACCCUCGGAAUGGAGGAUGUUGUUCAGAUAACAAUUGAGUUUUACACGAUGUUAUUAGAUUUGGGAGAAAAAAGUUAUCUUCAUGAUGUUACAUUGGCAAUAUUCAAAUUCGCAGCAAAUUUGCAUCAAUUUCAUAACCUAUCAUUGUUAAAGGAACAUAACGAUUUACCUAGUAGAAGUUCAUGGAAACAAAAUAUCAUGUUACUUAUAUUCAAAAUUGCAAGUGGAUAUGAUCUUGCAGUGUGAUCGUCCUGGUCAAGGUAGACCUGAAAGGACUGAAUUUAUUAUUAGGCUAAGGUUGAAAGUUGCAGACAUUUAAUUCGCUAGAAUUAAACACCAAGGUUCAAUCGAGAAAUAUCAAAGGAUCCUGCCAAGGCGCGUGUUGGUUUAUUUAAAGAGGCAGGGCAUGACGAACCAAUCAUAUCCAUAAAGAGUGUAAGUUUUAGAGAAACUGUGGUGCUGCUUCAGAGGAGGUAUUACAAGAUAAUUUGGUUUUACGAACUAAGUUGAUUAUGUAAAUCGGCCACCGUAAAGAGUUUAUAAAACUGACGUUUCGAGCGUUUACCCUUCAUCAGGGUUGAAACACUGGUACAUUUCCGUUCCGACUUGGAAUUGGUAAGUUUGGCUGACCAAAUGAAAACCUUUGGCUUGCAGGGUUAAACAUGAACCUUGUGAUGAGUAUUAAGCAAAAAUAUGCUAUGUGUCGUUGUGCAGAGCUUGAUUGCUCGAUUCGAGGAAAUAUGAUUAUACUAGGUAAUCACCCAAGGCACGAGUCGAUGUUCCUUUGAAAAUUGCAACGAACGCAAUUGGCGUGAAUCAAAUUUUGAAAGUUCUCCCUUGGACCCGUUAAACUGCAAAACUAUAUCAUGGGUUAUCUGGCUCUAAAGGUUUGAGUUUGGCCAAAAAUGCAAGGGGGGGAUAUCAUAUUUUAAAAAGUGGGUGAUGACGAAUAUAUCGUCGCUGGUAAACUAAAUUUGAGAGGCGCUUGAACGCCUUCAAAUACUAGUAGCGUAUUUUUACCAACUAGGCCACAAAGUAGUAUGGUAGGAGCAGAUUAAUAAUGAGACAGGAAAUAAAAAAGCAAAAACCAAAACAAAAAACAAGAAAAGCAAAAAUAACAAAAACAAAAAACAAUAAAAGCAAAAAUAACAAAAAUAAAAACAAAAAACAAGAAAACCGAAAAAAAAGAAGAAAAGAAGGAAGAAGAACAGAAAUAUAUUACUCGGAUUCCAGAGGGAAAACUAUGAUCUCCUUUGAAAUGGCUUUGAGACAAAAUUUCAGAGCUAUUGAAUGUGAUAGAUCGUUUUGUCGCAAAUGUGAAUUGGUACUGGCACAAAAACAAAUCCUCAAUGGACCGUGUUAGUUGAGAAUGGGUGUAUCGCAUAGAUAAAGGCGAAAGCAGUUAAAUAUCUUACGUACAAGUAUUUUCUUUUAACUAGUAUCAGUUAGGUAUUCAUACUGAUGUAAAAUGCUCAUGAUAUCAGUAUUAAACCUUACAUUUAAAACGCUUUAACUUAGCUUCGAUGGUAUAAUUCCUAUUUUUGGCGUUUGUCAUCUUUAAACAACCACUGCGUUUAAUUUUAGUAAAUCUCGUCGAGGUAUCGAACUGAUAAUACAAUGUGUGGCUGCUGUCACGUGUUGCCAACACAAAAUCGCACUCCAAAAAGAUGACAACAUCAAAUACACGAUUAAAGGGGAAUUAACUCGCGAAGUUGAAGUUAAUAAAACAAAUAAUAAAUCAGAAGGGAGACUUGCUUGAGAAUUUGUGCUUCAUGCUAGCUUGACUAUGAAUGUAAUAACUUGCUCAAUAUUAAUUUUUCAGCAAGUCUUUGCAAUGACAAGCGCUAUUUCGCCGUAUUAAUAAGUAGAUGCAAAUAGCAUAGUAUCCUUAAUAGACAUCAUACCUCUCACGAAUAUAUGUUUUAGUGUAUUCAUCUAUGCAGUGGGGUGUGCAAAGCAAACUGGGAUAAGAAGAAAAGAAAGAAGGUAAAAAAAUAAAAACCAAAACAAACAUCUAUGGUAUCUUAUGAAACCUUACGAGUAGUGUUUACUGAAAAUAAGCCCCUAGCCUUUUUUCCUUGAUAACUAUUAGGGUUUUUUUGCAAGGUAUUCAUUUACCUGCCUACUCUUAUUUAUAUGUCUUUAAUUCAUGUCUGUACUGAAGACUUAAUUCAAUCUUUCUUAUUGGUUCUCGCUAAUUUAUACCGUCCCUAAAUGAGACGGCGUCGAAUCCCACCUGAAUCCAAUUAGCGUUUUCCAUAUUGAAAAGUAGAUUUUUUUUAAAUCUAUUUUUAUAUUUAUCAAUACUUUCAGGAUACGUUUACUAGUUUUGUACUUGCUGAAAUAUUUAUCCGUGAGAUAGAAAGUACUAAAUAUUUUGACAUAUUUUAUGUCAUUUUAAUAAUAAACAAAACUUAAAACGUUUUCCUUUCCCUUCGAAGCUCGGAUAUGACUGAAAACUCCAGGAUAAGAGGAGUUUUAAGGUUUUGGAUAAGAGUAAAGUUCAUUUUUUCACGUUAACGGAGCUAACGUGAAAAGAAAAGCCACCGUAAAAAAUAAAGAAAUCAAUAAAUAUAAAAAUGCAGACGUUUCAAGAGUUAGUCAUUCAUAUAUCAGGAAAUAAAGACGGAUACUACUUUCUGAAAAGGGAACCAAGUUUUUAAACUCGGUACUAGUGUCUGAAAUCGGAAACAAAUGUCUUAAAUCGGACACCAGUGUCUAAAUACGAACACUAGUUUCUAAAAUCGGUACCGGUGUCUUAAAUAAGACUACUAUCUCAAAUUGGACAUGAGCAUCUCAAAUCGGACAAUGGUGUCUAAAAUCAGAUAUCAAUGUGUACUACCAUCGUCAUAGUUAUUGUAAUAAUUUUAGAAAGGGGGAAGGCGAAUACUUUUAGGGGUGUUUUCAUUAUCUAGUAUAUAAAACAAGCCUGCAAAUUGAGUGUAAAACCUGAAAACUCAUGCUUAAUUCCAUAGCAGGUGGCCCCAAAUUCUACAAGCGAAAAAAGUGUCUCGAGGAACCAACAUAACAGUAUUAGAAAUAAAGUUUCAUUAUUAUCUGCACGUCCUUCAUACCCUCACCAAAAGCUGUUUUGAUAUUUCUGACAUAAUCACUACUUCAGUCUUUAUUAUUGUACAGGCGGUCGUAAAUGUUGGUUUGAGCUGCGCAUGAUGUUGUAUUUGUUUAACCUACUUAGGAUACCUUUUUCUUUUUGUUUGUUUGUUUGUUGUUUUCCAUUCCUCGUACGGCCUUGCAACUUGCUUGGAUGCUCCCCAACAAAACCACCAGCUACUCACACUGGUUACUACGGUAUCGCAUGUAAAAUCGUCUAUUCGUUGCAAAAUCCCCAGGAAAAAACUUCAAUAGUUUCUAGUUUAAAAUUAAGAGUCAUUUCCUCCCUCUGUUGACGAACAAAUAUAACUUACCGUGUCGAGGUUUCAUCGGAGCAUUCUUACUUUUCUGUGGCAGCUUGACCCUUCCGCCUCUUUUCUAAGAAAUUCCAUUUGAACAGUAAAUUUCAACUCCAAUUUGUGCGUACUUUGAGUGUGUUUUUGAUACGUAAAUAUACAAAGCUUGACUAACAUUAGAUCCCUAUUUAAGCAACUAGCAUUGUCACUUUUGCUCCUGUUAUUAUUAUGAUGAUAAUAACAAUAAUAAUUAUUAUCAUUAUCACUAUUGCAGUUAUCAUUAUAAUUAAUAUUUUUAUCACUAUUACCGUAAUCACCAUUAUCACUAUUAUUGCCAUCACUAUUAUUGCCAUCACUAUUAUUGCCAUCACCAUUAUCAACAUUAUUGUCAUCAUCAUUGUCAUUACGAAGAGAAACAUUUACGAAGAAAAGUAAUGAUAAUGACAGAACAAGCUGGAGGAACCUGAUUAGAGCCGGAACUAGUCAAGAAACAGUCAUUGUUGAAUUGACACACUGCAUAGUAUUAUACAAAAGCUUUCUUUUUUCUUCAAGCAUAUGUACUUAGGAUUUGAAUUUGUAUCUAUUUUAUCUUUGUCAUCAUAUUAUCAUUAUUAUUAGUAGUAUCAUUACUUAACUAUUAUCAUAAAUAGUCAUUAUCCUCUUGAAUUUUUUAAUAACCUGCUGUUGGUUUACCUGCUUGAAGAAAGCCACCAACUCGGUAUUAGCGCUGUCAUCGUCAUGAGAAACUGUUAUUCCGCAAAAGAACUCUGCUUGGUUCGAUCAACGUAACUUACUUAAAAAACACAGAGGGAAAUUUGCUGAGUCUUCAGGCGAAUUCCACGCAUCUUAUAUAUACAUACAUAUAUAUAUAUAUAUAUAUAUAUAUAUAUAUGUAUAUAUAUAUAUUAUCUAAAUAGAGACAUAAACGGGCGACGUUAUUCCUCUUUAAAGAUGUCGCAAAUCUACAUGGCACAGAAAAAGUAAUCCUGGAACUACUCAUUAAGUGAAGUAAUGAUUGUCUGAUUAGCUUUUUAUAGCAGUUUUAUGUUUCAUGCAAUCUCAAUUUGUUUUCUCCUUGUUAUGUCUUACUUUCUAUAAUGAUCUUUUACACGGAAAGUUCUAGACUUAUUGUAGAGCAGCUGAGAACUCAUCCGUACUGUCAGAGAAUGAUGUCAUUUCACCUUCACGUUGUCCCCUUUUAUUUGCCAUCCUGGAUCUAGAUCAGUAAACUCAAUUCUGAUGUUUUCCUUGCUGUUGGACACAAAUAGGCCUCAGAGAGUUGUCAACAUUCUGUUUCCUUUUUCUGCUUCUUGUCGCGAACAACCUGACAUCAAAUAAUACAAUAAAUUAAAAAGCGAAGAAAAAACAACAACAAAAACCAAACAAUAUAAACAAAAUAUACAAAAAGUUGACGAUUAUACGAAAAAUGAUAAACGAAAAAAAACAAAAUGCUUUAAUUGUUGCACCACAGUUAUACAGAGAUCACAGACGGUUCCUCAUCAAAUAAGUAGUGAAUUAGGAGGACUGUGAUCUGCAGUCAACUGAAAAGAAAAUAGCUUCAGAGGAGCGCCAUUCGGUAAAUUGUACCUUGUUACAUCAGUUUAGAGGCUGACUCCAUCUGCUGAGUUCUUGAAUUAAAACCGACCACCGUUUCAUUGAGCCUUCUUGCUAACUGCAAUUUGAGUUUUCCUUAUUUCAAUGCUUUACUAUAAUCAUAAUUACUUUUAUCAUCAUUUUUAUAGCUAUGUGCUUUUUUUACCUCGAACGCCUUUUUUGAAUCAUCAAUCAAGUAAGCCCGAAUCCUUCAGUUGCAGCCCUGUGUGGGAUCUUUUCCAAAGAUCGCCAUUGCAUUCGUUUCUGGUCAUUUUUUUUUUCUGGAAGCCUAAAAGCAGCAACCUCAAGAUUUUCCGUUACGACUGGCAACGUCAACUCUAUAUCGUUGUGUUUUCUCUCUACCUUGGCUUCGGGGUAGACUUUCAUGAUAUUUUGCCAGUUUUUCUUCCUCUUGCGUUGAUUAGAAUGUGGUCGGCAUUUGACUACGAUGUCCUAAGAAUUUCCCUCGGCCAUCAAACAACAGUAUUGGAUCAAAAUCGUUAUAUAUAUAACUAACUGCAGACAGUACUGUUUCGGCCUUCUGGGCCUCAUCAGUGCAGUGCUGAUGCUAGGAUGGAGGUAAGGCCAUAUAGCCACCCGCAUUGUUCUUUUUUUUAUAUUACCGAGCGAAUUUCAAGAGGUAAGAAGCAACAACAAAAUGAUUCCUAUCGAAGCGAGGUGCCAUUUUUGAUCAAUUGGUUAAACGGUAUGUAGCUUGUCAAUCGAAUUGACUUUUGUAAACAUUCUUUGACUUCUGCCGGCAAAGGAAUCGUUGAUGGAUCUGGACAUUUUAGUUUUCUGAAUACAGUAAUUCUUGGAAGGUUUUUAUAGAUAUGAAAAGAGAGGGAAAAAACCCAUCUCUCGGCAAUUCGGAGGUUGAUUCAUCUUUGAAUUAAUAUGUGUCACGCUUGUCAUGCAACUAAUAUAAUAAUGUGAAGAAGAUUUACAAACUGUAAAUUAAAUCUGGCUAAAAUAUGGUAGAGCAUAACUUGAUCACCGAAACAGCUAAUAAAAUCAUAAAUAAAUAAAUAAGGUAAGAGGUUAUGUUAGAUUUCUUUACAAACUAUAGUGAAUUAUGCUAGUAAACGGUGGCGACAAGUAGACACACCAUGUAUAUUUCAUAGUCGCUAGCAAGAAAAUUUUGCCGAACUUUGAGUUCGUCUCACGAUAGAACAACACAAAUACACAAGGAAAUUUUUAUAGUAACUUUAUAACCAUCCUUUUGUCUUUAAAAGCUAGAAGCUCAGUAGAUUCUGUCAUAUCGGUCAUUGUUAAAACUGUCUUUGUUUUGAUGUUAAAUAUUUCUUUGCCAGCUUCAAUAAUGACAAGGGAUUAAGUUAAGAUGAUAAAACAAAGGAUUAUGCCGACAGAAAUACCGGAGGUCAGGUAAAUUCGUUACAUGAGGUCACACAACUCGGGUAAUAUUCAGGGUAAAAAUUUGCAUAUUUGAGCGGCUGAAUGAAAAAUAUCAUUUCUCGAAAAAUAAAAUAUAUUUUCACAAAAAAACUACAUCACAAUUAUUAGGACAUAUUGGGCUAAAAAUAUGAAAGUAGGAGAGAAAACGAAUUUUGGGCGACUUGCCACAGUAUUUAAAAUUUGUUCGAUGGAUGCUGACAUCCUCUCUCAAAUAUUUUAGACUAUCAAUUUUGGUAAGACCAGCUUUCAAGUAAGUUUUUUUUAGAUCUUGUUGCUAAUCGUGUACUUUGAGUAAUAUUUUAAAGAGUUUUUUUUAAUAAGACCAUAUCAGCUCGGGUGGAAUUUGUUUGAUUAAAUGCUGCUACUUAAACUUAGCAAGCUUUGAAUUUACCUUUGCUUUUUGGUUAAAUUUACUCUCGUUACAUUUCACAACCGCCGCUCCUCCGACCGGAAACGGGAGAAAUGGAUUUGUCGCCAGGUCCACGGAACAAAUAUCCUCCAAGGCACGAAAUACUUAACAAACCAGGUUGUUGGCGACGGCCAACAUUUGCGUCGUCUUCUUGCGGCUUAGGUCCACCGACCAGAAGUAUAUUAGCAUAAUAAGCUGUCCUAGAGAUAGCUUCGGAAACUUGGCUAAGAAAGAAUUUGUCCUAAUGCUUCGUUUCAUCUUGCAAGUACAGCAUCUCCUAAACAAAGGGUGAGACUAGAUGAGACGACCGUUUUAUACAUUUGCUGGGAGUCGUUGAUAUCCGAACCGUCUCGGAAAAAAAAAAAGGAAAACGAAAACGAAAAUGAAGAAAUGACAAGGGAAUCAUACAUCCUUUCGAACUACACUUGAUUUACAAUUUUAUCAAGUGAAAACUGGGCGUCAACCGUGGCCCACCUUCUUCGCGGUGCCUGUCGUUCACGAGGAAUAAACUACGAGCAGACGAUCACUAAAGCGCUUAUGUUGAGACUGUUUUGGUUUUUUUUUUUUGUUUUGCUUCAUUUUUUUUUGCUUUAUUUUCCUAAAUCAAACAUAUCAAGUUGGAUAUUAAAUUAGAUUGAUUUUAACUAACCAUAAUUAUGGUUAUAUUGCUGAGCUUCUUAGUCGCAUUUUAGAGGAUAACGUUCUCUCGCGUGAAAGUCUCCAUCGACUUCGUCAAAAUUAAUGUUUUAUCGGAAUACCACAAAACGAAGACUAAAAUAUUUGAGGCCUCAAAACUUGAUCUAUAAUUACUUUCGUGGGAAAUCUAGUAGACAAAUUCUCCUCCCUACCAUCGAAAUCCGUCCACGUAGGCAUCGGUUCGCUGAACCAUUAUCAUGUCUUGGUUGCACCCACCGUUGUGCAAUGGCUUGGCCAAUAAUCCCCGGUUUUGAAGUCAUCGGAUUAUCCUUGUAAGGUUCGCUCGCUUUAAAUUACUGAAAUAGUGGAGAUCCAUGUUGUACACGAAAUAACAAAAUCAAUCAGCCAAGAAGCGCGAUAACAGACUAUCAACCGCUGUAUUCGAACAUGCGUACUUCACCUUUGUUUGUCGUCAUUGGUCGAUUUGGUGCUCUGUCAUUCGUGCGUUUCGCUUCUCAUUAUUAUUAUUCCGACUAGUACGUGAUGACUCAGCGAGUCAAAGACCAGUAUCCUCAGCAAGUCAAAGUCCAGCAUCCUCAGCAAGUCAAAGCCUGGUGUCCUCAGCGAGUCCAAGACCAGUAUCUUCAGCGAGUCAAAGAGCAAGCAUCUUCAGCGAGUCAAAGUCUAGAAUCCUCUGCAAGUGAUAGCCUUGAAUUUGCAGCAAAUUUAAUUCCUAUACACCCUAUGAGUCUUAGUAUCAUGAGCAAGUUUAAUUCUAGACACAAAUUACUGGACAAACUUACUAACCUUUGCAAUCAAGCUCCAGGGGAAUGGUCUGAAUUUCUGCAAAAGAACAAAUAUGUUAGCCAAAUCACUGUUACCAAUGAAACAUGAAAAAAUCUGUAAGAGAGUGAAAAGGAACCUUUGAGUGCUGUAGAAUUUUUUAAAUAUCACCUUGAACUUUAAUCAAAUGGAAACUAUUUCAAUAAGUUGAUUCUGUCUGCUUUACUUGCCUUUCAUAACUCGUAGGUGUUGAGGAUGGGGUGCAUAAAUACUCCUUUUCUGAAUUUUAACCUUGAUUUCAAUGUUUCCCAUCAGCUGAGAUAGCCAUAUCAUGAUAAAUUGUCUUCUUCCUAUUUAAAAAUGUAUAAAUAAAUUAUUAACAGAUUUCCGCCAAAGCUUGUGAUAAUUCUACUAUCUAAUUGCUUUGACACUCAUUGAAUAGGUGAAUUACCUGGUUUCAGAAAGAAAUACAUUUUUUAUUCAGCCAAGCCAGAUAAAACUUGCUGCAUGCCAAGAUCACUAAGGUUUAAAGGGUUUUUAUCUUUAUGGAAGUAUAAAUCUCUCCUACGGUCUGAAUGAUACUCAGUAGUGUUCAUUACUGCGAAGAUCGCCUUCAUACUCAUUUCUUAAACCGCAGUUCACAUAUAUGAUUUUACAUAUAAACAGUCAUUAAUUAAAAAAAUUUGAAUAAACUUAAGUUUUCUAUGAAAUCGUUGACUUUUUCUUGCUUGAUAUGUAUCUUGAAGUUAUAUGUUGCUCAAAAGGUUGCUCUAAAAGCCAAAAGUUGCUCAAUUUGCAAACCUCGCUCCCAGUGUCGUCUCUUCCUCUUUUUUGGAAACAAUAGAGAGGAACCCAGGAAAGAGGCUGCAUCAACAAGAUAGCGUCCUUUGUAGGUUGACUGCUGUAACACUCAGGUGUGGAAGCAAAUCACUGUGGAACACAUAUUAACAUCAUGAUCGAGGGUAAGGGUAGAAAUGUUACAUUUAGCCAAUUACUCCGCGAUGGUAGUAAUGGUUUGGUAUGUACUUUAUUUUCAGACGUUUUGGUGUGUAGUAUCACAAGCUAUUUUUACAUACAAGUAGUGCCAGAACAACUCGUAAAAAUACUCAGGUACACUACCCACCUAAAGCGUCUUAUAAGUUAUUUAUUACCCAACUGCUUAUUUUAUAUUUCGAGGGCCACAAGUAUCGGAUCACAUACGGUUUCUGGGAAACCACUCGAUUUUUAAUCGUCACGAUUUAUGAGUCACUCGAUAAACGAUUUUCAACGAGACUCGCUUGGGAUCACUCAAGGUUUCUGGUAAACCAGACCAAAAACUCUCGAUCUAAAACGACCACGAUACCUCGUUUUGCCACUCUGCGACAUACGAGGCUCGAUUACACAAUCGAGCCUCGUUUCUUUGAUCGAGGCUCGUUUCUUCACCCGAGGCUUGUUUUUAAGAAAAAAAGAAAGAAAGAAAAAAAGGGAAGGAAGGAAGGAAGGAGGGAAGGAAGAAAGACAGAAAGGAAGGAAGAAAGAAAAGAAGAAUGGAGGGAAGAAAGAAAGAAAGAGAAAAAGAAUACUGCAAGUUGAAAAAUUAAUAAUUUAAACCCAUAUGCUUCUGUAACUGCAAACUUAGAAUCCCUAACAUUGUAUGGUUGACAGUAUGCACCAAGCAGCAAAAAGUAAAUAAAUAAAGAAAUAAAUAAAAGCAAAAAAAAUAACGAGAAAAUGACAAAAAAGAAAAGAGUAAAAACACCAGGAUCAAUGAGAGUUUUUAUCUUGUGCGCAACAGGUUAUUUUCGGCACAUUUGAAAAAAGGUAUAGUCUGCCUUUAGAAGACUGUAAACAUUCCCUCUUCGUUUAAGAAAAAGCGAAAAAAAAAUAGAGGAACGAAAAAUUAGCCUGGCAGCGAAUCUGGGUUUCUGAGCGGUCAUUAACAACACGCGCUUUUUUUUCACAGUUUAGGUACAUUUGAGUGAUUCAGUUUUCGUUCAUCUUUCCUUCCUUCAAUAAUCAUUAUCACAGUUUAUUUCAUAUUGUAUAUCUACAAACUGGAAUUUAUAUUAUUUUAAGAACCUAACUAACCCGUGAAGCCCUAAGUCUAGCAAUCAUAGAAAUCCAUUUACAACGCCGUAAAAAAAUUGAAAGUUUUUAUCGUGGAUAGAGCGUGUCAUUUGUAGCACAGACUAAAAAGAAAAAAAAAAGUUAGGGUUUACCUUUAACAGACCAGAGAGCAUAAAAAAGCGUUAGUUUUGGUGGAAUUUGGGUACUCCCACUUCUUCGAAGAAAAAGCGGCAAAAAAAUCACGUUAAGAAAAUUAGCAGGUAAUGAGGCUGACGCGGAUCUACAAUUAACCAAUAAAAUAUAAUAUGGCAAAUAAAAAAAUUUACCCUAUUAUAUUGAAAUAUACAAUUGAUCAAAAAUAAAUAAAGCAUCAUAUCUAUAAAAUAAAGUACAUUGACAAAAUAAAAUUGCAUGUUGCCCUAGAAACUUUGGUACAAUAUAAUAAAUUUUUUUAAGUAUCUAAUAAUAAGCAAACUCGCUUUCCUUAUUCUUUAUAAUCAUAGCCUCCUUUUCGAACGAUAAAUUAUGGAUAUGAAAUGCAGAUGUUCUUAAGAUGUUUUUCAAGUUAAUUAUGCUGACUCCAGAAAACUCAACUUUGGUAUUUAUUAAGUUCCAUCGGCAGUUACUUAGUCCUGGCUAUUUUUCUGUCACAGUUUAUGUGUGAUUUAGUUUUCGUUCGCAUUUUUCAUCCUUAUAUCGAUCAUCAUCAGAGUCACUUACAUUCAUCUAUUUUUAUCAGUGUGAUUUCGUUAUGUUCGCAGUUUAAAUGAAAGAAGGAUCAAACAAGUGGUUGGCUUUAAAGAAGUACAUAAACGUUGGUUUACAUAUUUCUGCCGAUCAAAUGAAAAAAAAAAACGUUCCAAGGAUUACGUCCUGAUCUAUCACGAUCUAAAGGCUUGAUCAGGAACACAAAACGUCCAGUGUCUGUAACAUUAAGUCUUAAACCAAGUUUAUUUGAAUCAAAAAGUCUAAACAUGAAGCUAUUAGAACAUGGAAAACCUAACAAUAAAAUAAAAACAAGUGUUCAAAAUCAAGAAACAUAUGCCUGAAAUUGCU